AUGUUUUUCUCCGGCAGAAAGCAACUCAUAAGCAUAACAGUUUUUGCAGUGGUGGUGGUGGCCGCACUGGCUGGUUCUCUUGGUUGGUAUUUUACCAGAGAAGAAGAAGAUAAGCCUGACAAGCCUGACAAGCCCGAAGAGCCCCCGUCUUUGGGGGGACCCUAUCCGAGACAGGCAGUUGCUACCGACACUAAAGAAUGUUCCCGUAUUGGCAAUGAUACCUUGGCACGUAACGGUUCGGCCGUAGACGCAGCCAUUGCCGCUAUGUUCUGUCUGGGAGUAAUAAACAUGCACUCUUCUGGAGUUGGUGGCGGUGGAGUGAUGCUGGUUUAUAUUCGAAAACUCAAGAAAGCCAAAGUCAUCGACUUUAGGGAAACUGCUCCGGCAGCGACAACGUCUGAUAUGUUUCCACCAAACAAAACUGGGGAAGACAUGUCUAAACGCGGUUGGUACUCUGUCCUUUUUCGUUCUCAAUUACUAGGGUGUUUUGUGAUCUAUAAUAUUUAGCCUUUUUUUCCUGGGAAGAAGAUAAGGAGGAAGGUUCUUUGUUCUAUUUCCUCUAUUGCAAUAAUAAUUCUGGUUAUUGUGGAGAUGUCACCCAACAGAGGAGUCUAUUUGCCUCUAUUGCAACAAUAAUUCAGGUUUUCGUGGCAGAGAUGUCACCCAACAGCUGCACGCAAAAGGGGUGCAUGGCUAAUUCAAGAGAUUAGAGCUGUGAGAGCUUGUUGCCUCAGAGACACGCUUUGCCUGCCGUUUGAUUGGAGUGCUUGCUCACAGUUUCGUGCUGGAGUUUUAAUAGGGAUCUUAGGCAGAGACGUUUUUGGAACUGACGCACCUCAACCGAAAGUGAUGCCUCUUCCCUUUUAAUAUGCCUGGACGCUACCACAUGGGUCUUGCUGAGUAUCUUUACUCUUGUUGAGACGAUUUUCCAAAAAAAAAACCUGGGAAAAAUCGCUGCCCAAGAAUGUAAAACGUCCACUUCCGGUUGACGUGCAUCGCUCAGGAAAAUUAAAGCGUCUUUGCUUAAACUCCCUAUUGUUUUCUUCUAGGCAGUCUUGCCAUCGCUGUUCCUGGAGAGGUUCACGGCCUAUACCGAGCUUGGGAGGAAUACCAUCAGUUACCUUGGAAAGAUCUGGUCCAACCUGCCAUUAACUUAUCCAGAGAAGGAUUUGAAAUAAGCGCCGCAGUGGCCGAUGCCUUGAAUGAGGAUAUGUUAAAGAAAAUAAAAACGGAUCCGGGAUUAAGGUGAGCAAUAGCUAUCAAUUCAUCACAUUUUUUUCCUUUUUUUUCUGGCAUUUAACUGCGCCUGAGAUUUUAGAGGCGUGUCGGGUAUCCUUUUUUGAAAUAUUUUUGGCUCAUUGGGAUAUAGUUGAAACUGAACCGUGGUAGGCUCCUGGCCCGUGGGGUACUCGAGAAAGUAUUAUACGGUGAGAUUCCGCCCCGAGGGCUGACCCCUUAUCCUUUUAUAUACCAUUUUUCGCAGAAAAGGUACCCUUUCGUAUACCUUCAGUAUUGUGAAAUGGUACUGAUCCCUUUCAUAUACCUACAAACUUUGCUUUCCUUUCAACUGCUGUAAAUGCACUGCCCUUUAAAUGUGAAUAAAUUACAAGACCAUAACGUUUUCUCGAUCACAGCUAUAAAAGUCAUCUGUUAGCCCUUUUGGGCCUUUUUACAGACCGAAAUGACAGACUUCCCACCCCCUCAUAUAUAUUUCAGCUAGUGACAUCUCUACCCCUUUAUACAUCUGAAGCCUGGAAAAGCACCCCUUUUAGUCGAGCCUCCCCAUAUUGUACAUUAUAUUGAGUACUCCCUUGGGGCUCCCAGUCGCACAGAACUUCUUUGAUUUGGCUCUGUAGGACGUAAAAGAACGCUAGGGGCGUAACAAGUCCCAAGCAGUGAGGGUCCCUAAGGUGAUAUCCUUAAACGUCUUGAAUGAGUUAUAAUCUGUACAUGUAGCCUAGGGAGAGAUCAUAAUAUAAUAGCUUCAUGAUACUCCUUCAUAGUGCUGUAACAGCUGCCUCUAAACAGAAUAUGAGGUAUUAAAAAAGUGCCUUAUUUAGCACUGCUGUGGUUUUCUCUCUAUUGCUAUUUAUUGUGACAUUUUAGGGAACUCCUCUUGGACAAAAAUGACAAGCCUAAAAAAGUAAUCAAAAACGAAAAGUACGCGAUGACACUGGAAAAAAUCCGAGACGAUCCCUAUUCUUUUUAUAAUGGGUCUCUGGCCACGAAGAUCUCUCAAGAUAUAAGAAGGGCCCGAUACCAGGAAAGAAAGGGACAGGUCACUGAACAAGAUCUGAGGAACUACACAACAGAGAUCAGGGAGCCCCUAGAAGGUGAACUGGCGGGGAUGAAAAUGCACCUCACUCCUCCCCCUACAAGUGGCGCUGUACUAGGUCUCGUCUUAAACAUACUGAAAGGUAGGUAGGUGUUCUCUGUUCUCCUCCCCCUCAUCAUCAUCAUAUCCUUCGAGUAAACUGUCAGAGAGCUUUCUCGCUGGCUAUCAUCAUCAUCAUCAUCAUCAUCAGUAUUAUGCGGGAAGUAAGGGGGCGCAGUGGUGAGAGCACUCGCCUCCCACCAAUGUGGCUUGGGUUCAAAUCCUGGCGUCGUGCCAUAUGUGGGUUGAGUUUUUGUUCGUUCUCUCCUUUGCUCCGAGAGGUUUUUCUCCGGGCAGUCCGAUUGUUUCCUCUCAUCUGAAACCAACAUUUUCAAAUUCCAAGUCGACCGGGAAUCAAGUAGACGAAGUACCACUCAGUGGAUGUGUUACCUCUAAAUCGUUACUUUUUUCAUUUGUUCAUCGUCAAUUAUCAACAACAACAUCAUUCAUUUGCUUAAAUGAAAAUAUACAGGAAGCAAUGCGGAAGGGUUUGGUUCCCGCUAACGAUAAGUUUCUUCAGUGUGUAGUUGUAGAGCAAAGAAACCUGCAAGGGAACAUUCAUUCAUCAGCAAGUUAAACGAGUUGCAGAUAGCUUGCAAAUACAGCCGCCUCGUGAAACGCCAGUUCCCCAUAGUCCCUACCCCAGCGCCGGAGGCGAUGAGAGGCGCCUGUAUGUAUGCGCAGCCUAAGUUGCAGAAACCAUGAAUUCAACUAUAACAGUGCUACCUGAAACAAUUAUUUUACACUUAUUUAAAGUAGAAGAGCUUUAUUUUAUAGGUUACAAUAUGUCUUCAUCGGCCCGUGAUGGCACAAAUGCCUCCGUGUUGACAUAUCACAGGAUCAUUGAGGCUUUCAAGUUUGGUUAUGCUUGGCGAAGUCGACUUGGUGAUCCUGCUUUUAAUAUGGAUAAGAAUAUAAGCGAGGUAAGUGAAAGAUAUAGAGGAUAUUACAUGGCCGCGCGGAGGUACGAAAUUUCUCUUCGAGUGUUGAAAAAUAUUUCACGAGUGGGCGCAGCGAAGAGAAAUUUCGAAUCUCCAAGAGCCAUGUAAUGUUCCAUUUAUUGUAUAAACACCAACGAAAUACCAAACCAUUUUACUUAAAUAGUUUUUAGGUCGGAAAGGUGCAACGGUGACAUUUUCACAUGUGAAGAUAACAAUCAUGUUAUAUUCACAUGUGAAGAUAUCAAGUUUUCGCGCGAAAGCUCACUUGGUUUUUCAUUGGUCUUUAUAUCGUAAAAUGUUUUCCACCCUUAACUUGCUCCCGGUUACACCUUAGGGCCUGUUUAUGUGAGGUGAGCCAGCCCAAUAAGCCGGGCUGAUACGCUUUGUAUAAUGAGCAGGCGGGCUGGCCCUCUUGCUGAUAAAUACGCCGUGAAAAACAUUUUUACCAAUAUUCGCAAAACCUACGAGACAAUGGCUGCAUGGUAACUAUGUCCAUAUUGAACUAAGGCCCCGUUCACACUUGUAAGCCUAACGUUUUCAUCGAAAACGCAUCGACUGUGAAAACGUUCUUAAAAGUGGACUAAAACGAAACCGCGCACAUAUGAUAUUAGUGUGGACGGUCGAAAACGGUCGAAAAACGCAUCAAAAUGAAAACGAUGACUUAAAUAUCACAGGUACGUGUGUUUGUAGACCCCUUUGUGGCAUGCGCAUGCAAUUAAUCUGCGCAUGCGCGAUGAAAAUUUCUUUCCCUAGAUUGAUAUUUGCACAAUACAAAUCAAUAAAUAUUAAAAUAUUAAUAUUAAUUCAAUCGUUUUCGAACGUUUUAUUCGAAAACGCAUCAAAACGGUAGUGUGGACACGAAUUGAUCGAUGCUUUUUUGAUUACAACGAAAACGCAUACUUUUGAAAAAGCAUUAGUGUCGAUAGGGCCUAAAACUGAUAAAGAACAAACAAAAGAAAAAAAAAUUAUUAACUUUCCCUCGGCUCGUACUUUUACCAAAUAAACUCAAUAACUGUUUUCAAAAAUUGAUAAACUCCUGUUUUUUUUAAAUAAGAAGCGAAAAGACUACCUAUUUCCCGCGAGAGGUCCGUUAGUCAAAUACCCUUCGAACAAAGUCAAUUCAUAUUGAGAAAAAGUUAUCUCUGCUCGGCGGGCCAAAGAUAACUGGCUCUGUGAAGAGCAAUUUCGUGCGACUUUUGCUGCUUUAGUUUUAAAGAAAAGGUUGAGCGGCUCAUGUAGCAGCGAUUUUAGGGGAAGGUUUGUUUUGGUAAUUUUGUUGGAAUUUUUGUAAUCUUUAUAAUGCAGCAAUUUCCGUAGGCUUGUAUAAUGAAUGCACUGAUCGUCUUGGCUCUGUCGAGCAAAGAGCUAUCGAGCUACCGAGCAAAGAACCUCGCCGCCGGACUACACGCCCAAAAUUUCGCUUCUGGAAACGGAUUAAUCAGGCCUGUACAAUGCGCCUCUGCUGUAAGAAUCGCAAUGGUUCUUGAAUCUUUUCAGCUGCUUCAGUUAUAUCUUUUUUAUUCUCUACAGUGAAUGCAGCUAAAAAUUUUUGGCCAACUGUUUUUCUUUAUUUCGCGCAAAAAUGUGCAGGGGAGGAAGACACGUUCCCCCCAGCACCUCCCCCUGUUAACGGAUAGCAUUUUUGGAACUUUUAUUCAGGGAUAAGAUAUAUCUGUUCUAAGAGUUACAGUGAUAAGGGAUAACAAGACCCCCUCUAAAAGGGCCUCUUUUAAGCUCUAAGAAUUUUAUGUCUGAACUGCUUCCUCCAUUACGUUCUUUUCAGAUUGCGCAAAAGAUGAUAGAACAACAGUUGGGCGACGACUUGCGUCAAAAAAUUAAAGACAACGGAACAUACAACAACGUGUCUUAUUACACGAGCUCCUACUCUGAUGCUGAUUAUGGCACCACACACCUGGCUGUUUUGGCCGAAAACGGUGACGCAGUUUCUGUGACAUCCACUAUCAAUUACAGGUUAGUUUAGUGAAAGACCAGGGCUCCAAGUCAACGUUCAUCCUGAACACCGCACUUAUUCGAGUUAACAUACGUCGAGAAUAGUGAAUUAGUCCGAAACUUUUUGCAUAUCCUGUAGGUAAAAAAAGUGACAACAUCGCUGCCUUAAGGCAAAGGUCGGCGGUUGGCAAAUUUGAGAGGAAACUGCAGAUAUUGCAAUAAUUUCUUGAGAGCUCUAUGGCGGAAUACCUUCUUCGCGACAGGCUUGAUGAUUUAAAACCUCAUUACAAAAUUCAAUUUCUCCAAUCAGUAUCUGAAUCGACUUUUUCGACUCAAAAGGUCAAAUUACCGAUGACUCCACAUAAAUCCUUCUAAAAUAGGCCUGGAUCGUAAACGUUACGAUCCAAGCCAGUUUUAGAAGUAUUUGUGUGGAGUCAUCAGAGCAAAACCGUGCUUAUAUCUCCCCACCUACUGUCACUAACAGCCCGAGUUUUGGCAAGGGGGCUUUUUUCGUCUUUUUCUUUCCGAACAUGUGAACCAAUCCCAUAAUUUCAGAAAUUUGAAUUUGCACUUCUCCUCUCUAUGCAAUUUAGUUUUACGUCUUGUCAUGUUAUAUUUUACACUUAAUGUCAGAUCCCGAGGGAAACAGACAGUUUUGUUUUCCCGAGAGUCCUGAUGUUUCCCAAGACGAGGUCAAGGGGAACAUCAGGACUCGAGGAAGACAAAACUAACUGGUUUCCCUAGGGACCUGACGUUAAGUGUUUUGUUAUAUUUCUAAACUUUCAAUUCAACGUACUUCAACAGCAACAAAAGAAUACGCUUUAGCGGAGCGAAUCAAAACAGUCGACUCGGUAUUUAUAAGAACCCAAAUUUAAUUCUCAAAACCACUGAAUGAAUGAUUUACAAAGUACUUUCCUUAUAUUAUCUGCAUCUUUUUCCUCCACUAGCUGCUAUUUCUCUUCUGGGAUAACUUUGAAAAUCGUUGCUUUUUAGCUUGAGACUUCAUGUUUGUGUUGUUGUGUUCAUUCACGAAAAGAAAACAGGUUUAGUUGAGUGGAAGCCUAGGAAUAUAACAAUUAGUUUUAUCAGCCACGUCAUGUUAUGCAGGGCAGUGCAAUGUAAUCAAGUGUAAUACAUUGCACUGGAACAAGACGCAACGCAUUGCAAUGCAAUGCAAUGUAAUUUAAUGUCGCGGAUGAAAGGACAACAGGUGUCCUCUUUACAUUAUACAUGAACAGUAAGCUUGAACGUCAGCAUACGGGGGCGCCACUAGCUGCACUUAUGGGUCCAUUUGCGAGCUAUCUGCAUGAGAUGUAUGAUAAGUGAAGUGAUAUAACAGGCGAACAGGUAGACCGCAGAAUGCAUGAGGCAAUCUCGCGCGGAUGAUCUGGGCUGCAUGCCUUCGUGGUCCAUUAAUAAUCGAUCGACACGUCACUUGCAUGAGCUGCGCAUGAAAUGUUAUGGCAAUAUAAUAAACUCGGUCUGAGCAAUGACAGUGUGAUUCCCUUCUGCAUCUUUAAAGAGAUGUACGUUGAGACCCAAUGAAGUACGUUGUACUUAUCCCAUGCGAUAUGAUAUAUUCCAUAUUAAUAUUAAUAUCAAUAUUAAUAUAGAAGAAGUUCGUAGUGCGGUUUCUGUCCUCGUGUACCUUAACACAAGGACCAAACAGCAGACUUAACACAUACAGUCAACUCUCUCAAAGGGCGCUUUCCAUUUGUCAGAACUGACCUGUCAGACCAUUCCCGUCGUAAUGAGAAAUUCACUUUUAAUCAAAGCUAUCAAGCCAGAUCAGUCAAAUCCUAAAUAGCAUCCACGAAGCAGAAAAUCGUUUUUCAUCAAAAACUCUUGGAAAAAGCCUGUUUCAUUUUCAAAAUGACCGGUCCGUCCAUGGUCCGGCCGGCCAGUUUUGACAUUUGGAAUCGAAAGCGCCCUAAGAAGGACACCUAUAGGCCCGGCUCUAUAAACUGAGGAUAUGUCCGUCUUAGAGAGGUGUUCAUCCAAAAGAGCGUCAACUAAAGAGAGUAAAGUAAAACAGGAAACAACUCUAGGCGUCCGUUUUUAGUGAGGUGUCUGCCUUGGUAAGUAUAUUUGUUGAACAAGAAGCUGUGAUUUUGCCGUUUACAAGCCGAUUUCUUCGUGAACGCUAAGUUCCAUAGCGCAUAGGUGUCACUCUAAGAGAGAGUUGACUAUAUAAUGACAAUUUCUAUGUAGUUUGGAACACCAGGAAUUAGAGUAGCGUUAUGAGAAAAGUGUUCACGAACAUGACGUGUAUCUCGACAGAUUUGGAAGCCUGUAUCGAUCCAACGUCACAGGGAUUAUCUACAAUAAUCAGAUGGCAGAUUUUGAUAUUCCUAACAACGACACAGAGAUUGAUGGUGUUUAUCCAUCUGAGGUUAAUUUUCCCGAGCCAGGCAAGCGGCCGUUCUCGUCCAUGUCUCCCGCCAUUUUGACGAACGAUACAGGUGACGUACAGCUUAUUAUUGGUGCGUCUGGCGGCAAAAGAAUUACCACGGCUGUCUCACUGGUAUGACAAAACUAAUCACUAGAAAUAUUUGAAGAGAAAUAAACAUGUCGCCCGAUGCAAGUUAAUCCAAGACAGUCUUGCACACUAGAUUCCCUGCUGGGGAUUCCGGAUUCCAAACGUUGGCGGGAUUCCGGAUUCCUUGAGUGGAAUCACGGAUCCCAAAGUCCAGGAUUCCGGACUCUUCAAGCAAAAAAAAAAAAAAAUCCGAAUUACCUCAAUUGGGGCGAAACGUGCCAGAGAUUUUGCAGAGCAAGCGUAUUUUCCUGGCGGGCAAACGCUCGGAUCUUGUUUUCUCAAAGUUAUUUGGGACGGGUUAAAAUAGUGCCAAGGUAAGGAGGCGGUUGUCGUUGAAGCCAGAUUUUUCACUCGACACCCAUAGCAGUUAGAGAACUCCAUGUAGUCCUCUAUAUCAGGGAUUAAGACUGUCUACGACGCAGGCUACGGGGCAGAAGGGCGGAGUGGGUAUUUGACUUUUCCCAACUACUCGCGCAUCCCAGGAAAACACCGGCCAUCGCACCAGCCUAGCGAGGUGAUUGUUAAUAACAAUACUCAAUCGAGUUUGUUUGGCAGCUUUUGAACUUUGAUUAACUACUUACUCUUUACUCGCUUUGACUUCGAAUUUGACCAGGUUGUGACCCAAAGUUUUUACGAGCCGAACACCUCCACACGAAACUUUAUUUGCAUUAUUGUGAACGCCUGAAAUGCUAGUGUACUUUUGGGCGAGUGAGCAACACGUAUUUCUUGCUAACGUUUUCGCGUGUUAAUACGGACACUGAGGGGGCCAAUUAAAGAAAGAGUCCGUAUUAACCGGGGUUGUUCGUAUUAAGCGGACUGAAAUUUGUUUAGAGAAAAUGUAAGGAACGGCUUUCCCCAGGGACAAAGCAAACUGUCCGUAGUAAGGAGGUGUUCGCUCGUAUAAAGCAGGUGUCCGUUAAGCGGGAUUCGACUGUAUCAGUGAUUUUAGUAGGCAUCUUUCAUUCUGAAAGCAAAGGAAGCCUGAGAAAAACAUAAAGAGCGAUUUAUAGGGUGUGGGAAUAAGACGAAAGGACGAAGGAGGGAGGGGUUGGGGUAUAGGCAAGAAAAUACCUUAUUACAGUCGAAUAUCCGUAUCUUCGACUGUACGUAUCCGAAUUAACGAGGUUUGAGUGUACAGGAAAUUAACACCAAGAAAGAGGAGUAUUUUAUUAGGGUGGAGAUCCACUAGUGUGAAACUGUGAAGUACCCUCGAAUUGGCAAGAAUUUUUCUCUUGAACUCCUUCAUACGCUUAGGGAAAGUACCAAGUCCAACGUUUCCUUUUCAGAUUAUACGUUUAACUUCGGUUUCUGUUGGCUCGGCAAAUAAAUCUUGUUUCUUUGUGAACUUCGCGUUAAUUUCCUUCAUUUUAAAAUUUUACCCUCUCUUUUGCGUAAAUUCUCCUUAUUUAAAAGUAGUUUUAUACUAGAUUCGCGUUAACUUUCAAUACCUUAAAUUCAUAGAGUGUUAAUUUACUAUUACUGAAUACUCGUAUGGCGUUUUCAUGCCUACCUUCAACGUCCCCGUCCCCCUUCCCCCUCCCCUGAUAUCGCACAUUAAACAGAACACCUCAGUUGUCCAUGAGAAACCAACCAUCUCUCGUUCUAAUGAUUUUAGUUAAUUCUUGAGCCCUACAUCUGUAGUUUGGCAGAUGAUUACUUUCAAAUCCUACCUAUUCACUAUUUAUGUUAAGAGGUAAAUUGCUCAGUUCACGCUCAGGGACGGUUUGCUUAUCAUAUAUAGGUGUUGAUGAACAUGCUUUGGUUUGAAAGGAACAUAUCACAGGCAGUGGACGAUCCUCGAAUUCACGAAGAACUUGUACCAAAAAUGGAUGUAGAAGUUGAAAACAACACAGAUUAUCGUCUUCCUGAGGAUAUACAAGAUGGCUUAAGAGCUCUCGGACACAAUGUAACGGUGGCCAAAGAAGCUGCUUUUGCUGUGGUACAAGCUGUAUAUCGUGCAAAAUAUGAUGUAGGCAUUUACGCAAAGUCUGACCCAAGAAAAUUUGGAGCUCCGUCGGGAGGCUAACAUGUUUGCCCCAAACUAUGAUAAAAAAGACCGUAAAAUUUCAGGUUAUAACGCUCCCGCCCCGGCUCUAGAUAUAAGCCCGGCUACUGUUUAUUGUUCCCAAUACAUGCAAACGAAAGAACCCGAAGCCGACCGCUCCUACCACCACACACACCGGUUACAAUUCAUCCUUUUCUUCUAUUUUCCCCUCUCGGUACCGGGUAACCUACGAGUAAGAGAUAACGACCUCUGCAACCUUUUCUCCUCUUUUCCACCCCCGUUUCCUCACUCCUCCAAGAGUUUGCUCGCAUAGGGUACGUACCGGGCAUUUAUUUUGGGCGUUGAACAGUGUGUUUGUUUUACGCUCACGACAUUUUAAACUGAAUAUUUUCCUGUUCUAUUUCUAAAUCCACUAAUUAGCCACCACCACCCCCCUUUCGCCUUCUCAUUUACUGGCCCGCUCUCCCCAAUCCCCCUCCCUUUUUUCCUUCCUCCCAAUCCCUCCCUACCCCUUUUGACGCCUGCUAGUCAGGCUACUCAUUUACCACCCCACCCAAAAGCCGUUAAGAAGUUGUAACCAGAAUUUUACGGUAACUACUCAAAGUAGCCUUUUAGCAAAAAGUAGCAAAGCUAUAUAAUUUUUAAAUUAACGCAAGUUAACGCCACAGCUAGAAGUAAAAAAUCAUUUCCAGAAACGCCCACUUUUCCAAGUAUAAAUUGAAACGCUUGCACGGUACACGUUUUACUUGAUUCGAACAUGCCAUCAGAACCUCUUCACGCAAUUUACCCUUCCUAAUAAACCUCGAUGCAAUUUUAAUGUAGUUUUCAAGCAGGAAGAAAAGCUGUAAAGAGUACAUUGUAAUUAAAAAGUGUUUUAACAUAAAUCCUAUUCCUCGUUACUUUUUACUCAGUAGUUUUAAUUCGUGUGCACGAAAUUAUCUUUGACAUUUGCGAUUCAGGUGGUCCAAUUCAAGCUUAAUUUGGUAUCAAGACACCAAAAGUAUAUAUUUGUCGACAAACAAAAGGCUCGAGUAUCGAGUUAGCAGAGUUAGUAGUAUAUAACAUGGGCUCACGAGCACAGUUUCAAAUCUCUUACCAAGUUCCUUCCACUUAAGUAAACUCAUUUUUUAUACUAUUAUGUUAGACAAAAUUCACAAAUACUGUAUAAAACCGCCGGCAGUUGAACUAACAGUUGAACUGACAGUUCAGUAGCAUUUCGGGCAUUUUGUCAAGUGCAUUUUUACGAUUUUGUGGCAAUUUCAGAGGGUUGUCUAAUACACCCGCUCUUUAACGGUCUGUAUAAUCAAAUUCAGCAUGAAAAUCAUUUCUACCUGCCAGUAAACACUGAGAAGCCAAAGUUCGUCGCUUUCUUGGUAUUUUUUUGUACAACUGCACAAUCGCACAAAUUUCGUCUUUCGAAAAUGUCUCGAAAUGGUCCAAAUUAACGCGGACAAUACAUAUAUCCAUACACCGUAUUCACAAAUGGCGAACACGCGGGAAAAAACUGGUGCCUAGUCAUGAAAGCGAGGCGUUGGAGGAUAAACAAAAAUUGCAAAUGAAGACUUUCAGUGAACUUGCAGAGUGUUUAGCACGGAUUCCACCAAAAAUAACUUAGUACGGACUUCUUUUUAAAUACAAUUACGUGGGAUGUCUUCUGCUUUUAAUGUUUAGUUCUGAUUUGCUGUUUGCAAUCAAAAGGGACGCGUAUAUCUUCAAGGAAACAGGAUGAUUUUGUAGGUUUCCGAAGCAUCAGAAGCUCGACAAGUGCAGGGGCGAUCAUCUGCAGAAAAGCGGGAAACAUGUUGGCCCAAACUUCACAUUGAAACCGAGUACGAAAGCAAGCUCACUGCAACUCGGUAAAACAGAAAUAUAAACAAGUCUUGGUGGCAAGAAAAAAGGAAAUAAGCGACCGAUAUAUAGCCUACUCAGGGGCGGAUCUAGGGGGAGGGUGCAGGGGGUGCGCACCCCCCCUCCCUGAGAUGACCUGCGGUUUUCUAAUACAACUGGUAUUCUGCCAAAAAAAAAACUAUGUGGUUUAUUAGUGUUGAAGUACAGCAAGAGACGAGUGCACCCCUUCCUAAAAAAAAUCCUGGAUCCGCCCCUGCUACUUGUUAACGCAAGAGACGUCUGUCAUUGAACAAAACAGUUUAAGUCAAGAUGGAAAAAAGGAAGACAGGAAUGAAGAGGUGACUGAGGUUUCGAUGAAGUUAUUUUUGGUUUUUCUUUGCCAGGACGUUAUUCUCUGGUCUUUAUCGAUGAAGGACAUCAAUUAGAACUAUUUUUUUUAGUAUAAAUGCAGGAGCGAUCGAGUGGAAUAUGCUCAAAAUUUCAACUUGUUACUCGGCAGACUCGGUAAGCCGGCCACAAAUCAUUUCAGCGAGUGAUUUUCGCAUUUCUUAUCUUUGGCUAUUAAGAGUUUUAACUUUAUGUUCCAUAAUAUUUUAAAGUUAAAGAAUACAUAAAUAAAUAAAAUGAUGGUCUUCUUAAACGGAUCCAGACUCGAAUUUAAUUAUUCGAAACAGAAGCUUGCUGUGUUCAGUCUUGACACAAACAUUGCCUUAAAAGUUUAACCUAGUAAAAUGUGAGCUUUAUACCACUUUUUUUUUACCAAGAGCUCUCUGAGAUAAUGCCCCAAAGGAGGCCAGGCAAAUAGCAAGCUAUAAGACUCACACACUAGGGCUUCUAAUUUUGAUAAAUUAGUUUAUUUCGCAAUGAGAUUUUUGCUUUAAGCUCUGCCAACGUACCUCUAACAAUUCACUCCAAAGCGACGGAAUUAAUAUGAUCCAAAGGAAGUUGUAAAUACAGACAUACAUAUCUACACAAGUAUAUACAGUAGAUAUGUACAAAAUGAAUGAAGGAGCCUCGUGAAUGAAUCUUUCACCCGCUCACGACUUGACCUGUUUUGUGUAAUGCGGAGGUCUCUUCCGUUGACAAGAAGGCCAUAUAUCCGUCACUUAUUUCUUUUUUUCUCGCCACCAAUAUCUGUUUUUAUUUCUGUUUUACAGAAUUGUAAUGAGCUGGCUUUCGUAUUCGGUUUCAGUGUGAAGUUUGGGCCAACAUGUUUCCCGCUUUUCUGCAGCGAUCACCCACUUGUCGAGCUCUUGAUGCUUCGGCAACCUACAAAAUCAUCCUGUUUUCUUGAAGAUAUACGCGUCCCUUUUGAUUGCAAACAGCAAAUCAGUACUAAACAUUAAAAGCAGAAGACAUCCCACGUCAUUUUAUUUAAAAAGACGUCCAUACAAAGUUAUCUUAGGUGGAAACCGUGCUAAACACUCUGCAAGUUCUCUGAAAGUCUUCAUUUGCAAUUUUUGUUUAUCCUCCAACGCCUCGCUUUCAUGACUAGGCACCAGUUUUUUCCCGCGUGUUCGCCAUUUGUGAAUACGGUGUAUGACUAACACAUUUCAUCGUGAGUAUUGUCAAUGCUUUACAUUCAGAAGAUGCGAUAAAUUCAAACUAAAAUGUACUAGUCAUGGAAGUAUGUACAGUGCGCAUUAUUUUGGAAAAAUUAGCAUGACGUCCAAACAGUGAAUGUUGUAACGCAUAUUUUUGACAGGUUCGUAUGAAUCAAUCUUAAUGAAAGUUUCAGACAUUAUCAUAUACAUUAUAAGGUUAUGUGAAGAGAUUUUAAAAUAAUUCGUUCGAGUCGUUUCAGAGAUCUACAAAAAAGCGCAAGAAGUCAAAAUUUUGAAUGAAGUUUCACUUAGACAGGUGGUGAGAAAACGGGUUAGUUUUAAAGAUCACAAGAACGAAAAUACACCAAAAUUUCCUAGCAUCAAAAUAUGAUAUUAAGCAGCAUUCUGCCGCUACUUAAGAAUAAUUUGAGUCAUUUAUAACGUUUUUAUUUAAUAAUUUAUCAUGGCUAUUGAAAAUUUAAGGUUUGAAAUACAUUUUCGUUUUAGUCGAAUUCGGUGAACAUACAGAAUUUUUACUUCCGUACGCAGAUUGUUUGCCAAAAACCAAACUUUAAGUUCCUACUUUUGGAUUUUCAGUAGCCGGUCUACAUCACACAAAAUUCGGCUUUUAUCAAUUUCAAAGUCUUUUUUUUCCUUUUUAUCAUAGUAAUAUUGAUUUUACUUAAAACUACAUUUUCACAAAUUUCAGUCCAAAGCCAAUUACUGGUGAAAAUUUUAUAGCGAUCGGACAGGGAAAAAAAACACUUUUAAGGCGAUUGAAAAAUAUCGGUAUGGCCUCUGAAAAACGUAUCGAAACAGUUUUUUAAUGGUAAACCAUGGCCACUUGGGAGAAUAAUUGGGUCAUUAGUAUUGCAUGCUUUUAAUAGAUUAGCUUAGAUUGGGAAUUUCAUUCAAAUAUAAAUUGAAUAGCAGAGGGGAAAGGACACAUCCUUCUCGUACACCUCUUAAAAUUCCAUAGGUAAAAUAAUCAGUUCUUUUGUUCCUAAAUUUUAUACUACAUUUCGUAUUAUAGACUGAACCCGUUAUGCCGUAAUGUGAAAGUUUCUUAAAUAGUUCAGGGUGCCAUACGGAGACAAAAGCUUUCUUUAAGUCUAUAAAACAGCAGAAGAGUUUACUUUUUGGUGUAUGGGUUACAUUCAUAUCAAUAAUGGUACGUAAUGAAAUGAUAUGAUCACUAGUGCGAAAUCUUGGGAGAAAUUCAAUCUGGGAAGGAUGUAGCAGGUUGCGUUCUUGUAUGAAAUUGUAUAAUCUUUCAUUCAAGAUGGAACAAAAUAAUUUGCUUAAACAGCUAGAGACACAAAUUCCACGGUAGUUCGAAGGAUCACAUUUGUCAACCGAUUUAUAGAUUGCAGUAAUCAUUCCUUUUGACCAACAGGCAGGGAGAUAUCCAGAUUUUAGGAUAGUGUUAAAAAGAAUGGAUAAUGAGGAUGCAAGGUAAUGAAUACUUUCGUUGCGGAUUCUAUCUAGGCCAGGUGCUUUUUUAGUUUUAAGUUUUUUGGUGGUUGAUAUGAUUUCAAUUUCAGAAGUUUGUUUAGAGGAUCGCUAGUAGUUGGGUCAUAGGUAGUUCCGAUAUUAAAGUUUAUAGCAUCAGGGUCGGUUUGGUCUUUUGAGUUGGAGUGAAGAGUACUACCAUAGUUAAUUGAGUGGAAUGAUUAUGAAACCCGUCAGACUCCUUUGUUAUACUGUUUUGUGGACCUGAAAGUGCACAACGUUCAAAAGAAUUCCUAUCAUUUUGAUUGUAUUGACCAAUAAAAACGUUGCAUUAAUUUUUUCCCUAACAAUUUGCCAACAGAAAACAAAGGAUCGUGCACUUUCACGGUACUUCCAACAUAAACUGCAGCACUGUUGUUCUUAUCAUCGAUGUUUGCCGCUUUUCAUAACCAGUCUCCUCUAAUAACUAUGGUACAAUAAUGGUCAUUAAGUUUAUCAACGGGAAUCGGGUUGUUGAUUUCUGGAUUGUGGUCUUGUUUCAAAGUUUUGAGGAUAUCCCAAAAACUUUUCGGGUUUGAUCCUGAAGUUAGUAGAUUUAAUUUAUCGUUGAAAUAACAUUUUUGUUUUGUUCUAAGUAAAGCUUUAGAUUUUUUUGUUACGUUAUGAUAGUUGUCUCUAAUGUCAGUAUUAUGAGGGUUUCUGUGCUUUAAAUUACACAUUUGAGGGCCAAAAGUUUAUUAGCCUUUGGCUAUUAGGUGCUACCCUCUUUAAAUAAAGGCUUUACGUUAUUCGUUUGACGUGUUUUUGAAAAAUCUUGCAUUCUUUAUCAAACCAGGGGUGAUUUCUUCGAGAUGUCUUCCUAAGGUAUUUACGUACCCCUAUUUGAAGAGAGCAUUUGGCCACAGUUUCGAUUAUAUCGUUAAAUCGGGAUACGACAUUGUGAACGACUCUUUUAUCAUAUGAAAUGAAGUGUUCCGUAUCGAAGUCUUGGAUAAUUUCUUGAAUGUCUUUCGAACUCCAUACGUUGAUAAAUCUCUCACUGGAUAAGGAGUUCCAUUGAAAUUGUUUUGGAAGUUUUCGUUCAGUUCAAUUCCCGUGAUCUCGGGGAAAGAAUUAUUCGUUGGAGGGGAAAUGUUGAACCAGCCUUUCACAGGAGAGUGGUCAGAAAACGGUGUAGGCUGGCAAACGGUAAAGCUGUCCACUCGCGGUCAUACAUAUCACUGUUUGUGAUUACAUAAUCGACUGUGCUUACCCCUCUAUUUCCGUGAAAAGUUGUUUUUCCUAAUGUAUCGCCUUUUGUUCUUUCAUUUAAGAUUCACAGAUCCAGAGAUUUGCAAAUUUCAAGUAUAUCGUGUCCGUGUUGGUUUAUGUAACCGUCCCAAUUCCUUCUUUUAGGUAGACGCACAUUUAUAGGAAUGUUACUGAUCUCCUGGUAUAUAUUUUGAAUUGGUUUCUGGAACAAACUCUAUCUCUGUUCCGGUUCGUGCAUUUAAGUCACCUGCUAAAACAAUGAAAGCGUUUGACUGGAAAAAGAAAUGUCUCUUUCAAGAUCGGUGAAGAUUUCAGGAUAAAAAUAAGGCGAGGCGUUGAAAGUCAAGUUGAAUAACGCUUGUAAAGGUUGGCAAGAAAAUAUGACGGACGGAUUUAUGGGGAGAGAAUUUGUUGAUAUCAAUAAAUUUUCCAUUUGAGUCAGCUAGAAGAAUGAUAUCUGCGGCGGAGUUCGAAGGAGUUGCAUAGUUACUAGAAUGGAGUCGCACAUUUUCGGAUUUUAGGGGUAAGAAAAAGCUUCGUAUUUAACAAUUAUUCCUCGAUUUCCUCGAUCCCGAAUGGGCUCUGAGUCAAUAGCCUAUGAGGCCACCCGGAAUGGGCUACUGACUCAGAGGUCAUGAGGGCGAGAGGAAUAAUUGUUUUAGUAAAAUCAAACUACUUGGUCAAAAAUAUCGAGACAAAACAACUUUAGCUAGCAAAAAGUGAUUCAGCCGCCAUUGUUUUGGUUUUCAGAGCCGGCGCUUUUCGCUACUAGUGGGUUAUAACAUUUAGCCUAGUGGUAGCUCAACCAAUCAGAACGCAGCAUUGAUAAUAGACCACUAGUUGGAUUUUACUAAGGAAGAGAAAGUAAAGAAACCGUUAGAAAACAAAUUUUAAUACAAAUUAGGUUGGUACGGCUGUUUAGCGAAGUGUAAUAAUGAUCGACUAAGAGCGAGAAAUAAUUUAUUAAAUUGAAACCCGGUCACCAGAAAUGCUGAAUUGACAAUAUUGUCCUCAGUUUGCCCAUAUUCAGUGUAAAAUGGGGGUGACAAUUAAGGAAAAACCGGUCACCCCGGAUGGAACCCAUUUCAGAGAAUUCGUUAAUUACGGCGCAUGGGAGGCCUAUCUGCGAAGAAUGGCCAUGGAUAGCGAGUGGGGUGACUGGAUUGCUUUGUGGGGUCUUGUAAAAACAGUUACCAUGAACAUUUGUGUUAUCGACGAGGACUGUGUAAUCGGCCGUUGGUAUAACCUUGAUUUCGAGUUAAUGUCACUUUGUCCUCAAUUUUUUUUUGUAUGUGAAACUUCUUUAUCGUUCUUCCUUUGUUCUCUAGCAGUUUUUGUUUUCAUGAAAUUUGCGUUAUGAAGCACGAUUGUCCGCAAUUUUUUUGUCUGUUUGAGAUGCGCCAAAUUAGUGAGCAUAUACGCCUACAAAUGGAACCAGAUAUUAUGUAAUUAUGUAAGUUGUGUUACGAAUACAAGUCAUGCACUUAUAAAAACCUAUAUUGCUACAACUCUGGUCAAAACUCUUGGGACAAUAACGCAACAGCUGGUGAAAAUGACGCAUUUUCUCUCCCCACCCCGUCCCCCCAGUUGAGGGGAGGGGAGACAGCAGGAACGGGCUCUUUCAACAACAACUCCAAGCAUUGUAACAGGUAAAAUACGAUUUUAAUAAGCAAGGUGUGUUUUCGCGCCUCAUUUCCUUAAGUGUCCCAAGACGUUUUGACCAGUGUUGUAGGUCUAUCGUCAUUCUUAAAUCCACUCCAUUCCAAUAUCCAUGCCAUUCCAUAUUUUUUAUCGGGAUCAUUUGCGGUCCUAUUUGGGGAUCAUUUACGGUCCGAGAUCAUUUGUGGUCCCGGGAUCAUUGAGAGGUCGUACAGUCCAUUACCUUGCAGAUUUUAAGUUUGGAGCCUAUAACUAACUAAAAUAAACACUAAUACUGCGUUACUAUUCAGUAGUUCGUCCGUGUUACCAAUAACUGAAAGUUGGGAUUUAUUAUUGAUUUAUUGAAUUUAUUCGAUUCAUCGCCAAGGCGUUUAAUAAAGGUUUUUAAGUGUUUUCAACGCGGCGUUUAUUCGAGGGCGGCUUUUACUUGUAAUUUUUCCUUAAGGAAAACGGGAACGUGUUCCUCGGACACUCCGCGGGAGUGAAAGGAUGGUUAACUACCGUAUUUCUUCAAAUAAAUAGCCGUCCCUCGAUUAAUCGCCUUCCUCGAAUAAUCGUCCCCGUUUAAUGAAAAUAUUUGAAAUAAUCAGCGCUUCCCCCGAAUAUUAGCCCCUCUCGCCAUCUUCUCUUUCUUUUAUCACCUCCCUGUCAAGUUGAAGGAGAAUCUGAUCCAGCCAAACUGAUCACUGACGAUUCAAGCUUUGAAAAUUAAUCAAGGAACCAAAUUUGGAACACUUAGGGCCGAUUUUUCAUUUUAUUUGAUGUGAUAGUUUUUUGAUUUCAUGCGAUUAUAAGACAGAAUAUUUAGGGCACGACUUCCGGUGAGCAAUAUUUGAAACAAUAGCCUUCCUCAAAUAAUCGCCCCCGGCAAUUAUUCGAGGAAAUACGGUAACUCUAAUCUUUUUGUUUCUUUCAGUUCUUGGAGAGAGCUUUCCCCUUGCCAAACUAGAGUAGUGUUGGUGGUGGCGGGGAUAUGUAUUGUGGUCGCACUGUGUGUUUAUCUUUGGUGGUACUUUACACAAAAGAAAAAAGAAGACAAUCCUUUGUCUUUGGGUGGACCCUAUUCAAGACAGGCAGUUGCUACGGACACUGACAAAUGCUCCGAAAUUGGCAAUAAUAUCCUGAAUGCAAACGGUUCGGCCGUAGACGCAGCCAUUGCCGCUAUGUUCUGUCUGGGAGUUAUAAACAUGCAGUCUUCUGGAGUUGGUGGCGGUGGAGUGAUGCUGGUUUAUAUUCGAAAACUCAAGAAAGCUAAAGUCAUCGACUUUAGGGAAACUGCUCCCGCAGCGACAACGUCUGAUAUGUUUCCACCAACCGAAUCAGGGAAAAACAUGUCCAAAUAUGGUAAGUGGUAUUUUUUUCUUUUUACGUUUUUGCCCCCGCAGCGAUUUCGCCCAGAAGGCGAAAUCCCGAGGAGGCAUCCUAGUAUAUAUAGAAAUUAAAGUACCUACAAUUGAAAUAUGCAGUCAGCAUACAGGAAAAAGAAAUCUUGAUUUGUUUGAUCAGGGUCCGCAUGUCUAUUUCCCUCUAUUGCAGUAAUAAUUCAGGUUAUCGUGGCGGAGAUCGAUGUCACCCAACAGCUACACGCGAAAGGGGUGCAUGGCAAAUUCAAGAGAUUAGAGCUGUGAGAGCUUGGCGCCUCCAAGACACGCUUUUCCCUCAGUUUGAUUGGAGUGCUUGCUCACAGUGUCGUGCUGGAAUUAUAAUAAAAGACGUUUUUGGAACUGAUACACGUCAACCGGAAGUGAUGCCUUUUCCCUUUUAAUUUGACUUGACGCUACCAAAUGGGUCUUCUUGCUAAGUAUCUUUGUGACUCUUUGUUGAGGCGAUUUGCUCUUGGAAAUCAUGCUUUGCGCGCGCAACCUACAGAUUAUUCACUAAUCUGUAGGUACAGAUUAGUUAAUAAUCUGUAGGUUGCGCUGUUUCUCAGAAUUAACUGUAGGCUUUUAGCCAAUGAGAAGAAAGAUGGUGACUACAAUGUAUAAUAACUUUGGUUAACGUUCAUCGCUCAGGAAAAACGUCCUUGCUUAAGCUGGUUGGUUUUCACAUGACGUCAAUAAAAUUCAAACUACAAAACUAUCGAUCCUACUGAGAUUUUACUUUCAUGGUGUAUUAGAGCACCUGACAACUAAUUUUCGUACAAAUUUUCGCUUCAAAAGGGUUCAUGGUUUUGUGAUAGAGUACGCUUGAAUUUCUAAGCUUUUGCGUGACGUGGCAUUUACAUGACGGCCGAGAGAGCUGUCAUGUAAGUUAAAAAGGUGACUUAUUUCGGGGAAUUUUGCUAUCUUAACAGUUCAUGUAUUAGAAAAAGUAUUACUUUAAUGUUUAUGAGUUCCUCGAGGAAAAUAUUUACGCUUUUGUACCAAAACUCGGUAACAGAUGUUUCUGUUGGUUUCCGUCCGCCAUGUUGGUGCUCAUCCAGAUGGGCACCAGCAUGGCGUCUCCAUACAAAUCUCUAUAAAUUUGGGUAAAACAUUUUUUCGGAUAUCUCGUAUACGGAAUAUUCUUCUGACCUGAAUCUUGGCGGGGGUCUUUGUGUAUUUACCUUCUUUUAUUUCCCAGAUUCCGGACUUUAUCUAUUGAACGGUCUUUAUUAUUAUUAUUAUUAUUAUUAUUAUUAUUAUUAUUAUUAUUAUUUUUGAUCAAUUUUGUAUGGCGUGACACUGAAAACCUAGCCUGCGUAGCAAGCGUUUCUGUGCGGUUUAGGAGCAAAGAACGAAGAACAAGAGUCACUCGUUUCAUUUCUCGCGCGGCCAGUGCCAAGAAUCCCGUUCCUCGACCUCGGUCUUUCUUUGCUCCCAAACCAAACGGAAACGCUUGCUACGCAGGCUACUGAAAACCAGCAAUCGUUUUCUUCUAGGCGGUCUUGCCAUCGCUGUUCCAGGAGAGGUUAACGGCCUAUACCGAGCUUGGAAGGAAUACGGUCGGUUACCUUGGAAAGAUCUGGUCCAACCUGCCAUUAACUUAGCCAGAGAAGGAUUUGAAAUAAGCACCGCAGUGGCCGAUGCCUUGAAUGACCAUAUGGUAGAGAGAAUAAAAAAGGAUCCGGGAUUAAGGUGAGCAAUAGCUAUCAUUUCAUCACAUUUUGUUUUGUUUUGUUUUUUUUUGGCUUUUAACUGCGCCUGAGGUUUUAGAGUCGUGUCGGGUGUCCUUUUUCAAAAUAUUUUGGGUUCAUUGGGAUAGUUGAAACUGAACCGUGGUAGGCUCCGGGCCCAGGGGGGUACUCGAGAAAGUACUAUACGGUGAGAUUCCGCCCCGAGGGCUGACCCCUCACCCUUUUAUAUACCAUUUUUGACAGAAGAGGUACUCUUUCGUAUACCUUCUAUUGUCAAAUGGUACUGAUCCCUCUCACAUACCUACAAACUUUGCUUUCCUUUCAACUGCUGUAAAUACACUGUCUUUUAAAUGUGAAUAAAUUACAAGACCAUAACGUUUUCUGGACUCUUUCACAGCUACAAAAUUCAUUUGCUAGCCCUUGUGGGCCUUUUUCCAGACCGAAAUAACAGAUUUCCCACCCCCUUUCAUAUAUUUCAGCUAGUCACAUUUCUGCCCUUUACUACAUCUGAAACCUGGAAAAGGUUCCCAUUUUAGGUGGAUCCUCUACGUACGGGCCGGACAUUAUAGGGAGUGCUCCCUUGGGGCUCCCAGUCGCACAGAACUUCUUUGAUUUGACUCUCUAGGACGUAAAAGAACGCUAGGGGCGUAACAAGUCCCAUGCAGUGAAGGUCCCUAGUGUAGUAUUCUUAAAUGUCUUGGAUGAGUUAUAAUCUGUACAUGUGGCCUAGGGAGAGAUCAUAAUAUAAUAGCUUCAUGAUACUCCUUCGUAGUGCUGUAACUGCUGCCUAUAAACAGAAUAUGAGGUAUUGGAAAAGUGCCUUAUUUAACACUGCUGUAAUUUUCUCUUUAUUGCUAUUUAUUGUGACAUUUCAGGGAACUUCUCUUGGACAAAAAUGGCAAGCCUUAUAAAAAGGGUACUAUAAUCAAAAACGAAAAGUACGCGAUGACACUGGAAAAAAUUCGAGAUGAUCCCUAUUCUUUUUAUAAUGGGUCUCUGGCCAAGAUGAUCUCUCAAGAUAUAAGAAUACGUAUCCCCCGAUACCAGGAAAGAAAGGGCCGGGUCACUGAACAAGAUCUGAGAAACUACCAGACAGUGAUCAGGGAGCCACUAGAAAGUAAAAUAGCGGGGAUGAAAAUGCUCCUUACUCCUCCCCCUACAAGUGGCGCUGUACUAGGUCUCAUCUUAAAUAUACUGAAAGGUAGGUGUUCUGUUCUCUUCCCCCUCAUCAUCAUCACAGCCUUCGAGUAAACUCUCGGAGAGCUUUCUCGCUGGCUAUCAUCAUCAUCAUCAUUAUCAUGCGGGGAGCAAGGAUGGAGCAGUGGUGAGAGCACUCGCCUCCCACCAAUGUGGCCUGGGUUCAAAUUCCGGCGUCGUGCCAUAUGUGGGUUGAGUUUUUGUUCGUUCUCUCCUUUGCUCCGAGAGGUUUUUCUCCAGGUACUCCGGUUGUCUCCUCUCUUCUGAAACCAACAUUUCCAAUUUCUAAUUCGAUCAGGAAUCAGGUAGACGAAGUACCACUCAGUGGAUGUGUUACCUCUAAAUCGUUACUUUUUUCAUUCGUUGAUCGUCAAUCAUCAACAACAGCAUCAUUCAGUUGCUAAAUGAAAAUGAGCCUACAGGAAGCACUGAGGAAGGGGGUUGGUGCCUGCCAACAAUAGGUUUCUUCACUGUGUAGUUGUACAGCAAAGAAACCUGCAAGGUAACAUUCAUUCAUCAGCAAGUUAAACGAGUUGCCUGAAAGAAUUAUUUUACACUUAUUUAAAGUAGAAGAGCUUUAUUUUAUAGGUUACAAUAUGACUUCCUCGGCCCGCAAUGGCACAAAUGCCUCCGUGUUAACAUAUCACAGGAUCAUUGAAGCUUUCAAGUUUGGUUAUGCUUGGCGAAGUCGACUUGGUGAUCCUGCUUUUAAUAUGGAUAAGAAUAUAAGCGAGGUAAGGGAAAGGUAAUUUUUUCCACGCUUACUCCCGGUUACACCUGAAAGCCUGUUUAUGUGAGGUGAGCCAGCCCAGUAAUCCUGGCUGAUCCGCUUUAUAUAAGCAGGCGGGCUGGCCCUCUUGCUGAUGAAUACGCCGUGAAAAACAUUUUUACCAUGUUCGCAAAACCCACGAGACAAUGGCUGCAUGGUAACUAUGUCCAUAUUGAACUAUGUCACCUUUUAAUUCACACUUAUUCGUUGAGCGUUUUCAGCGAAAACGCAUCGAUUUGAAAACGCUCUUGAAAGUGGAUCAAAACGAAAUCGUGUAUAUAUGAUAUUAGUGUGGACGGUCGAAAACGGUCGAAAAACACAUCAAAGUGAAAACGAUGCCAAAAUAUCGCAGGUGCGUGUGUUUGUAGAUCCCUUUGUGGCAUGCGCAUGCAAUUCUAUCGUUUACGAACGUUUUAUUCCAAAACGCAUCACAACGGUAGUGUGGACGCGAAUCGAUCGAUGCGUUUUUGAUGGCAACGAAAGUGUCGACAGGGCCUGAAACUGAUAAAGAACGAACAAAUGAUAAAAAAAAAGAUCUAAUUUCGUACUCUUACCAAAUGAACUCAAUAACUGUUUUCAAAAAUCGAUGAACUCCUUCUGUUUUUUAAAAUAAGAAGCGAAAAGACUAGUUAUUUCCCGCGAGAGGUCCGUUAGUCAAAUACCCUUCGAACAAGGGGGCGGGCCAAAGAUAACUGGCUCUGUGAAGAGCAAUUUCGUGCGACUUUGGCUGCUUUAGUUUUAAAAAAGACGUUUUAGCGGCUGAUGCAGCAGCGAUUUUACGCGCAAGUUCUUUUGGCAAUUUUGUUGCAAUUUUUGUAAUCUUUAUAAUGCAACAAUUUCCGGAGGCUUGUAUAAUGAACGCACUGAUCGUCUUGGCUCUGUCUUAGUUAGCUCUCGCGCAAAGAGCCUCGCCGCUGGAUUACACGCGCAAAAAUUCGCUUCUGGAAACGGAUUAAUCAGGCCUGUACAAUGCACCGCUGCCGUAACAAUCACAAUAGUUCUUGCAUCUUUUCAGCUACAUUUAUAUCUUUUUUAUUCUAUUCUAUGAAUGCAACUAAAAAGUUUUGGCAAACAUUUUUCGUUAUUUGACGCAAAAAAGUGCGGGGAGGAGGGCAAGUUCCCCCAGCACCUGCCCCUGUUAAGGAUAACAUUUUUGGAACCGUUAGGAAGAAGGGAUAUCUGUUCUGAGAGUUACAGUGAUAAGGGAUAAUAAGAUCCCCCUAAAAGGGCCUCUUUUAAUCUCUAGGAAUUUUAUGUCUGAACUUUUCUCCACUACUUUCUUUUCAGAUUGCGCAAAAGAUGAUAGAACAACAGUUGGGCGACGACUUGCGUCAAAAAAUUAAAGACAACGGAACAUACAACAACGUGUCUUAUUACGCCCGCUUCUACUCUGAUGAAGAUCAUGGCACCACACACCUGGCUGUUUUGGCCAAAAACGGUGACGCAGUUUCUGUGACAUCCAGCAUCAAUUACAGGUUUGUUCAGUGAUAGAAAAAGGGGCCUAAGUCAACGUUUAUCCUGAACACCGCAUUUACUCGAGUUGACGUCGAAAAUAGUGAAGAAGUACGAAACGUUUUGCAUAUCCUGUAGGUACAAAAAGUGAUAACAUCGCUGCCUUAAGGUAAAACAUCGGCAGUUUGCAAAUUUGAGAGGAAACUACAGAUAUUGCAAUAAUUUCUUGAGAGCUCUAUGGCGGAAUACCUUCUUCGCUACAGGCUUGGUGAUUUAAAACAUCAUUACAAAAUUCAAUUUCUCCAAUCAGUAUUUUGAAUCGACUUUUUUGAUUCAAAAAGUCAAAUUACCGAUGACCCCACAUAAGUCCUUCUAAAAUAGGCCUGGAUCGUAAACUUUACGAUCCAAGCCAGUUUUAGAACUAUUUGUGUGGAGUCAUCAGAGCAAAACCGUGCUUAUAUCUCCCCACCUAUUGCUGGUUUUCAAAGUAGAUCAAAAUAAAAAUCAAAACCGUUCAAUAGAUAAAGUCCAGAAUCUGGGAAAUGAAAGGAGGCAAAAUGUCCUGAAAUAAGUCAUUUUUUUAACCUACAUGACAGCCCUCUUGGCCGUCAUGUAAAUUCCGCGUCACGCAAAAGCUUAGAAAUUCAAGCGUACUCUAUCACAAAACCAAGAACACUUUUGAAGCCAAAAUUUGCAUGAAAAUUAUUUUCAGCUGCUCUAAUGCAUCGUGAAAGUAAAAUCUAGGUAGGAUCGAAAUUUUUUUAGUUUCAAUUUUAGUGACGUCAAGUGAAAACCAGCAAUUGUCACUAACAGCCUGAUUUUUGGCAAGGGAGCUUUAUUCGUCUUUUUUUGUCUGAACAUGCUACCAAUCCCAUAAUUUCAGAAAUUUGAAUUUUUGUGACGUCACACUUCUCUCUUUGCAAUCUAGAUUUACGUCAUCUCAUGUUAUGCAGUGCAGUGCAAUGUAAUCAAGUGUAAUACAUUGUACUGCAACGAGACGCAACGCAUUGCAAUGCAAAGCAAUGUAAUCUUGUUAAUGUCGUGGAUGAGAGGACAACAGGAGUCCUCUUUACAUUAGACAUGAACAGUAAGCUUGAACCGUCAGCAUACAAUGGCGCCACUAGCUGCUCUUAUGGGUCCUUUUGCGAGCUAUCUGUAUGAGAUGUAUGAUAAGUGAAGUGAUAUAACAGGCGAACAGAUAGACCGCACAUUGCACAAGGCAAUCUCGCACUGAUGAUCUGGAGCGCUUACCAUUUGCACGAAAAUUUCGGUGGAAAAUUUCCGUCAAAUGGUACUGGUAUUUUUUUGGGCACCGAAAACAGGAACGGGAUUGCGUUGUACCAUUUACAAAAUACCGGUAAAGUUUUCGCUUUCUCUGGACAUGAAGCCUGGCUCUAGUGAUCCAAUCAAAUGGUACAGAAAACCUUGGUCGUUUCGGAAAAACGGCAAAAGUGUUAUACCUCGAAAGGUAUUACCUUUUUUUCGGAAAAUUUCCACCAACAUGAACAGUUCUAUUUAAAUUCUCCCUGGAAUUUCUGGGUUGUCCAUACAAAUGGUAAGCGUUCCUGGGCUGCACACGUCAGUGGUCCAUUAAGAAUCGAUCGACACUUCACUUACAUGAGCUGCGCAUGAAAUGUUAUGGCAAUAUAAUAAACUCGGUCUGAGCAAUCACAGUGUGAUUCCCUUUUGCAUCUUUAGAGAGCUGUAAGCUCAGACCCAAUGAAGUACCUUCUACUUGACCCAUGUGAUCUAAUUUAUUCUAUAUUAAUAUUAAUAUUAAUAUUAAUAUUAAUAUUAAUAUUAAUAUUAAUAUUAAUAUUAAUAUGGAAUAAGUUCAUAGUGUGGUUUCUGUCCUCGUGUACCUUAACUAGACUUAACGCAUACUGUCAACUCUCUCAAAGGCCGCUUUGAUUUGUCGGAACUGACCUGCCAGACCAUUCCCGUCGUAAUGAGAAUUUCACUUUUAAUCAAAGCUAUCACGCUAGAUCAGUCAAAUCCUAAACAGCAUCCACGAAGCCGAAAAUCGUUUUUCAUCAAAAACUCUUGGAAAAGCCUGUUUCAUGUUCAAAAUGGCCGGUCCGGCCAUUGUCCGGCCGGCCAGUUCUGGCUUAAGACGGACACCUGUGGGACCGGAACUGAGGAUAUGUCCGUCUUAGAGAGGUGUUCACCCAAAAGAGCGUCAACUAAAGAGAAUAGUAAAACAGGGACCAACUCCAGCUGGCGUCCGUUUUUAGUGAGGUGUCUGUGGUGAUAAGUAUAUUUGUUGAACAAGAAGCUGUGAUUUUGCCGUUUACAAAUAAUUUCUUUGUGAACACUAAGUUCCAUAGCACUUAAGGAAGUGAAUUGGCACUAUUAACAAAAUGGAUCUAGAGUUUGUCCCUGCCUUUUCUUACUCCUUUUAGUGGGCUCUCUACAAGAUGGACAUCUCUCAAAAAGGGCAGACUCCUACGUAGAGCGGGUCCCAAAGGUGCCACUCUAAGAGCAAUUGACUAUAUAAUGACAAUUUCUAAGUAGUAUGGUACACCCGGGGAGUACCGUUAUGAGAAAAGUGUUCACGAACAUGACGUGUAUCUUGACAGAUUUGGAUGCAAGUUUCGAUCCAACCUCACGGGGAUUAUCUACAAUAAUCACAUGGCAGAUUUUGAUACUCCUAACGAUGCAAAGAACAAUAUUGAUGGCGUUUAUCCAUCUGAGGUUAAUUUUCCCGAGCCUGGCAAGCGGCCAUUCUCGUCCUUGUCCCCCGCAAUUUUAACAGACAAUAACAGUGACGUACAGCUUGUAAUUGGUGCCUCUGGCGGGAAAAAGAUCACCACGGCUGUCUCACUGGUAUGAAAAAAAAGAAUUACUAUAAAUGUUUAAAAUGGGCUCCUGCCCUCGGGGGUAUUUCCUUAUAAGAGGCUACUGGGGAUGUGCCGCUGGAUGGGGUCGAAUUUUCACGACUGGAUUGACUAUAAUGGGGCUGCAUUUGCAAUGGAGUUACUAGAAUGGAAUUGCACAUUUUCGGAUUUUUGGGGUAAGAAAGUUCAGUCUUCAUAUUUACGGCUAGCAAACGUACCAGAAUGUUUGUACUGUAGGCGAAAAGUAGCGUAUUCUUCAUUCACUUUAAAAAAAAAUGGGUCAGUUUAUUUUAGGAUGACCUAUUUAAAGUAUUGAUAAGGUAGAAACAUAAACAGAAAGUGAAGUUGGGAUAGCAAAAAUUACACAUUUGGCAGUUUUGACCAAAAGUGACUAAGAUGGGGUCUAUUAUUGCCCACUGAAUAGACUAUAACGGGGUAGGGGUUCUCAGAGGCCAGUGGCACAUACCCAGCAAACAUUAAUCCAAGUCCCUGAAAAUUAAGAACCUGUUAGUCUCUCAGUGCCUUUUCUUCCGCAAUCUUUGAUUAUGAGAACAGAGAAUAAUUGGGACGGGAUGAAAUAUAGUAGUCAGGCAUGCGUUGCGGUCUGUCAUGCGAGACCUACAGCAUAAAUAUAGGCUGAGGGAGUAUGCAAUAAUUAUCAGGAGGGGAACUGAGAAAUGAGCUUCAAAGGGGAAAUUUAUUAUGUGAUGACUCCGCCCCCCCCGUUCGCAAAAGCAGGAUUAGUUCAGCCCCCCUCUUGGUCUCUUGAUAAUUUUUAAUACCCCACCUCCCCCCCCAAACCAAAUAUAAUGUAACUUUGGACGUUGAAAAGCUUGAAAAUCGUCUUCGCUGUUUGUUGUCCGACAACCCUGCUUGUGCUGGAAGGUUUCUCCGAGAGGAGUACAAGCCAAAGCCCCAUGAUGACUGCAUCAUAAGGCCAUGCAAGAGGGAGGCGAAUUGCAUCUUGGAUAAGCUUCAUGCGAUGACAGAAAACAUAACUAAACAUGAUGACAGCCUAUUUACGAAGGGUGGCAAACCUUAGACUGGCCUAAAUUGCCUUCACAAUUUCAACAAUGAGAAACGACAUUAUAUCAAGUCUGGCGUUGAAAAGGAUGUGUUACAUCUUGUUGAGGACUUGGACAGAGUGAUGGCUAAAUAUAAGGCGAAUAUGAAAUUGGCACCAGGGCCACAACAUCUGAAGCAAGAAAAGGAAAAAGCUGAGAAAAAAAGGGAAAAAGAGGAAGCUCGCAGCUUGUGAAAAUAGAAGAAAAAGAGCAUGCCGCAUUUUCUGUUCCCUGGGAGGAGCCCCCCUUGCUGAAGGAGAUAUUCUGGGACUUCUGCACCUGAGGGUGAAUGAACUUACAACUGUCUUAUAGGGCAGUAUCUACGUACAAAUGGUUUGUUUGGGACAAUUAUAGAUGUUGCUGCAAGUUAUGUUUUCAGUUGAAUUUGGCCUUGUAAUGGAUACUAGGAUUAUGGAAAUUUUAGGACAAAAAUCAAUUCUUUUGCGAGGACUAAAAAAUCUGGAAACAUGUCUAAAAUGUGAUGACAUUUUUUAAUAUAAACUUCACAUUUUCUAAGAACAUUGAACAUUGAGAGUACAUUCCCUGUUUUACAAUGCAUGUGGAAUUGUUUUUACAGUUUAAUGCAAAGGCACAUGACGUAAAAUGAAAGUUAUGGCCCUCCUGUGAUAAGAUCAAUUUUGAUUUGAGUCCCCAUAUCUUGGCAUUAUUUUUACUUAAUGCCCCCCUAUCUGGUUUUCCAGACCCCUCCCGCUAAUUAUUGCACGGUCCCCUACUGAGAGAACUCGAUACAGUCCUCUUUAUCAGAGGUUUAGACUGUCUGUGACGCAGACUAGGGGGUGGCCUACGGCUAUUAGGGUGAAAGAGCCAAUCCAUCCUCCCCCCAUUUGUAUCCCAAAUUUACUCGCAAUGUUAAGUUGCAUGGGUGUAAGACGAAAGGACGAUGUGUGGUUUGGGGGUAUAAAUUCUCUGCCCGGCCCUCCUGUUAGACAUAAAACCCCACCUCUCUAUGAAAAACCAAGAAAUCAUCCCUCGUUCUAACAACUCCUGUUAAUUCUUAGGCCCUACGCUCUUUGUAGUUGUACGAAUUAUUAAAUCCUAUCUCUCUAAUAUUUAUGCCGAGUAAGAGGUAAAUUGCUCAGUUCACGCUCAGGGACGGUUUGCUUAUCAUGUAUAGGUCUUGAUGAACAUGUUUUGGUUUGGAAGGAACAUAUCACAGGCAGUGGACGAUCCUCGAAUUCACGAAGAACUUGUACCAAAAAUGGAUGUAGAAGUUGAAAACAACAAAGAUUAUCGUCUUCCUGAGGAUAUACAAGAUGGCUUAAGAGCGCUCGGACAUAAUGUAACGGUGGCAAGUGGCAUUGCUUUUGCUGUGGUACAAGUCGUGUAUCGAAAACCUGGAGAAGGCAUUUAUGCAAAGUCUGACCCAAGAAAAUUUGGAGCUCCCGCGGGAGAUUAACAUGUUUGCUCAAAACUGUGAAUAGUAAUAUCGUAGAAUUUCAGGUUAUAACUCCCCUUCGCUCUAGAUACAGGCCCGUCAACCGUUCAUUGUAAUCAGUAAGUACAAAUAAAAGAACCCUCCUAUAAGUCCACCCCUCUCCUCACCACACUCAUCGGUUAUAAUCCCUCUUUUUCUUCUUUUUUAGUUCUCGGUACCGGGUAACCCGCGUGCAGGACUUAGAGACCUUUGUGUCCGUUUUCUCUCUCUUUCACCUCCGAUUCAUCGCCCUCCCUGCCUCCCCCCACAAACAUAUUCCAAGAGCGUGCUAAUAGGUUAUGUGCCGAGCAUAUAUCAUAGUAGGAUGUUUAAUAAUGUGUUUGUUUUAAGCUCACGGCAUUUUUUUGUUAUCCGUUUGGUUCCACACUAGCCCCUACCACCUCCACGCCCCUUACUCUUCUCAUUUUCCACCCCACCCAAACGCCUCUACGAAGUUGUAAUCGGAAUUUUACGGUGACUUCUCAAAGUAGCUUCUCAGUAAUAAAGCUUUUUAAUCUUAUGCUUUCUUAUGCAAGUAAACGCCACAAAAAGGAAAAAAAUAGUUUACAGAAACAUGUUAUUUUGCAUGAAAAUUACUUAUGUCUGUAAUUAGAACGAAAUAAAUUAGAAUAAUAAUAAAAUAUGGUCUCUUCUAUAAAGCUAACCUGCGAACCGCAGACGUAUUUCCGGUCGUCGUUUCUCUCCCUCCGAAAAAUAACGUCUGCGAACACGAGCGACAAAACGAUUUCCGUAACGUAUAAGACCUUUUGUUGUGAUGUUCGCCAUUUAGAUCAAAGGAUAGAAUGCAGCUCGAUCGAGUGACUCAUCGUGACCUCGCGUGCUGGCGUGUCUUGGAUUUUGGCGAGAGUUACCAAAUACGAUUUGGAACGUGAAUUUCGCAGCUAUAACGAGGUUUCCUGUGACGUUUAAUACUGGCUGCUUUGUGAAGCAACGGCUUCUUAAACUAUGUGUGUGACGUAGGCCUUUGCGAGGAACGUCAGGGAACAGAAGCAACAAACGGCAUCAUGCGUCUACCGUCAUUAGGACGUUUAACGUUUUGAAUAUGAUCAAAAGAACAAGGUGUGAUAAAUCAUUGACUCCGUAGGCAAUCCUUUUGGUGCUUAUUUCAUCACUCAGUCCCACGAUCCGUAAACGCGUCGUUCUGAGGAAAAAAAAUACUUCUGCGGUUCCCAGGCCAGAAAAAGGGCGGCUGUACACACGCUAUAGCCUAGUUUGUUAGUUCCACAAAAGAAUACACAAUAGACGAAGCCUGAAAUACUAGACUUUAAGAAACCAGUUGGAAGCUAGAUUCACGAAAACAUAGCUCUUUGAUUUAACCGAGAAGUCGCAAGGCUUCCUUUUGAUGCUUGCUGAGUCUUUCCAACCCGAAAACUUCCCACUCUUUCCUCAACGCAUCUUCCGCCAUAUUUUCCGUAGACUGCUUGCAGUCCGCCUUUUCCCUUAAAAUCCGUCUAGUUCUUAUCUCAUCCAGCGCGAUUGCAAACCACGACGUUAUUAUUACAAUAAGGGAUUGAGACCAGACGAGACUUACGCCCUCGUUUCUCGCGGCUCGCGGCUUUGCCGCUCGCGUGCUUAGGUUUCGCGUGCAGUAACUUUGCAAAGAAAAAUAAGAGACUGCUCGCAGUCUAUAUUUUCCGCGUUUGCGCGAGAUCCACAGAAAACUCGCACACAGGACAUUACUUCUUCGACUACGCAAGGUGAAUUGUGAUUGGUCACUAACAGCUGACGUCACGGAAAUUUUUUCUCGGCUGGUGAAAUUAGAAACUAAAACCAAAAAAACAGAUGCUCUCACAGGCUACUCUUAAGCAGGGUAGCGAAAUAAACUAUUUUGUUUCAAACAGGGUCAGGGCUUGAGUACACCUUUACCAAAACUUUCCUUGAGUGCCCUUCCCCCCCCUUUACUCUUGGAGGGGCAUUUACAUUGGAGUUUCGACUGUAUAGUAGUAGAGAGUAGUAGUUCCUUAUGCAUCGUUGAAGUAUUAAAGAGCACAAUACGACCGUGAAGGGUUUGUUGGGGAAUGAAUGUUGGUUUUUCCGGGAAUUCGAUGGAAGUUCUAUCGAUCGGCUUUUCUCAGUGUGCAUGGAAGUCAUUAUCAUUGCUGACAGGUAAGGAAAUGAUUUUCCCGCCUUUCGUUAGAUCUUUUUGGGAGGCUAGCCUGAUAAUUUCUCAAAAUCCCUUCACGCAGGAGGGCUCCCGUGCUUCACGAAAGAUCGCGUGACGAGAUUGAUAAAUUCUUAUAUAGGGGACAACUUUGUAUCGGUCAAAUACCCCGGCACUUGACAUCUUCGCCGUCCCGGGGGGGGGGAGGGAUUUGAUAAUCAGGGUCUCCCGGAGAGCGAGGAAUUUGAUCCCUAUGCAUAGGGAUGGAGAGUUUGAACCAAAGCCUCGUCUUCAUGUGACCUUCAAAUCAUGCGCAUCAUGGCAGACUUCUUUGGAACGAUUUCAGAGGGAAGGGUACUCCCGAAAAUUUUUGGUGGAGUUGUGCCCCCUGGUUUUCUAUUUCAGACCAAAAAAUGUCAUUUUCCCCUGCCCAAACCCGUUUUUAGGCGUGAUCUCAAAAAUCCAUACCCGUUUUCAGACCUAGCCUUUAGGCAAAAAUUAUUCAUAAUUACUUAGACCAGAGCGUAAACAAAGAAUUUCUUGAAAUGCAUUUCGAAUUCGCAUCUUUCCAAGAGAUCAUGAGUGAGCUCCUUCUCUCUUGUUCUUCCUCAUUCAGUUAGAAUCACUGUAACGAUAAAUACGUUCGUACGCUCCCGUAGUUCCCUCGAAAACCAUACUCGAAUCCAGACCCAAAUGGGCAAAGUGUAUAUCUGUUUUCAAACCAAGAAGGCCCCAAAAUACCAUACCCUUUAGGGCGGCACAUACCUAUAUGGCUUAUAUAGGGGAGUACCCCCCCCCCCUCCCUCCUCACACCGGGGAAAGAUUCUGGCUUCGCGACAAGUUGGUUGCGAAUCAAAGGCCUACGCAAGCUUUGUGCUGUAUUUGAAAGUAUUUAUUAUUUUUUUUAUGAUUCAUGCUUUGAAUAUAUUUACAACAGUUACAGUUUAGGGGAUUACCCGAGGAAGGGCUGAAACUUCCUUCCCUUUUUAUUUUUGCUGAUCUGCACAUUUUUUUCAUUUUUUUUCCCCCUAAUAAAUUGGGGUUUCAUGGCGACUUUUAGUCGUUGACAAGCAGCUUUUAUCUUGCACGGACAAGCGAAGGCAUUGCUAUGGCUGUCGGGUAAGAACUGAGCCUUAUUACUGUAUUGAGAACAAAGUAGAACUACGUUACAUUGAAACUAGUUGUCGCAUGGUCGCUUUAGGCCUGGUUCAGACGCCGUAGUUUUCAUGUGCCGAACCUAACUGAAUAAGUUCGACUUUGAAGCGACACUGGCGCGACAUCUGAUUCCGACGGCGUACCGUGUGUCGAACCUAGGUUAAGUCCGACAAAAGGGCGACAGACUCUGUCGAACUUAACGCUUUUGCGGCACCAAAUUAAAACUGUAGUACCAAAUUGAUUCAGACGCCGCUCUUUUGCCGUACUUAAUUCAUCAGUUAGGUUCGGCUCAUGAGUGGAGCGGCGUCUGAACCAGGCCUUACCUAUUUAUUCGUCUAGAUGACACACUACAAUGCUGUUUACUUGUUUGGGUCUUCAAGGAUCAGUUAAAAUCUAACACAUGGUUUGACUCGGAUGAAAUACGUUCAUAUUAACUAUGUCAGUUCCUCUUUCGAAUCAGUGUUUUUAAGUGUUGAGCUCAGUGAGUGCUUAGCUUUAACGAGUUAGGCCCAGUUCAGAAGUCGUGCUUCUGCAGUGCCGAACUAAAUUCGGGAAUUAAGUUCGACAAAAGCACGGCAGAAGCACGGCGUCUGAAUCAAACUUUUGAAUUAAGUUCGGCAAGCAAUUAAGUUGGACAAGCGCUGCCGUGCUACACGGCUCUGGCACGGCAGCGAUUCAGACGUCGUGCUUCUACCGCGCUAAGCAAAAUUCAUAAAUUACAUUAAUGUAUUUUGGCGAGAAUGCGUUCCCAGGGGGAGUUAGGAGGAGAAUUGUUACGAGGCAUUAGUAAAUCCUGAAUUCGGUUCGACUCUGGCACGACGUCUGAAUCAAAGUUGUUUUCCUGCGGUGCUACAAUCGAACCGAAUUACAAUUAAGUUCGGCACGGCAGAAGCACGACGUCUGAACUGGGCCUUACUUUGAAGAUUCUAGUAUAAUUCCCAGAAAGAUCAGGUUUGUAAGAAAUAUAUCUCCUUGAAGAGAAAAACAGAUUUGCAUAAUUUUCCAUAACUUAGCCUCAUCACCUAUACUAACUGUUGUUUAUAUCGAUCCUAAACAUCAUACUAAGCCCGGGCUUCGUAAUUGGGCUCAUGGCAAUCAGUUUUUUCGCGGAAAGGGUGGAAUAAAUAAAUCCAUUGUUGAGGUAACCUACGGUGUUUUAGAGGAAUUUUGGGAAUGUGACUACUCAAAGGGGUACUUAUUGGAAAGAAUUCACAGUUAAGGAAUUUGCUAAACACUAACGAAACUCAAGGUGAAAAUAACAAUGGUUAGUUGAUGCUAUCACGGGAACAUUUUAUUGGAUAUGUCACACCACAUUAAACAUUCCGUUUACAAAUAAUUUUGAAACAAACGGCGCGCCAUACCUGAAACUGUUUAAUUAAAGUUGAGGUUAACCCUUCAUUUCGUUCUACUACCGUGAUAGAACAUUUUCUACCUUGAAAUCAUUUUACUACCGUGAUGGAACAUUUUCUACCUUGAUAUCUUUCUACUGCCGUGAUGCAACAUUUUCUACCUUGAUAUCUUUUUACUGCCGUGAUCAAACAUUUUCUACCCUGAUAAUAAAUAGAUUUAGCCAGGGCUAAAAGUGAAGCUCCUGUUAAUAAAUUCAUAAUUUGAAUCAAACAACAAAUUUGUAAUCCACAGAUCAGGGCACGUUCAUGUGACUUUUGAGGCAAAGGCUAAGAGAUUUUAGAAAAAAAUACUGACAGUCCAAGAGGUCGAGUGAAACAAAUUUUACAUCAAGUUAAUAUAUUGUAAAAAAAACUGACCAGUUAUAGUGACCUCAAAAAAAUGGUUAAGGUUUGAAUCCCGGGUAACCGUAUUUUAUUAGGUUACAGUAACCAAAAAAAUAUAGUUCAGGUUAACCAUUUUUUUAUUCUCGUUGAAAUAACUUUUCUUUAUGGGUUACAUUAACCCUUAAAAAUGGUUGUUUCUACCACCCACGCCACUUCUCACAACGUUUAAUAAUUGUUUGUCAUAACCUCUACUUUUUGGUUAAACUAACUUUGAAUUUACAGUUGUUAUAACCGAAAUAAAAAGAUAAAUAUGUUUCAACCCAUACAGUUAAGUUAUAAUAACCAUUUUUUGUGGUCAUGGUAAACCAGUUUUUUGGGUACUAGUGAUGAAUCUGUGGUAACCCAUUUAAAAUAGUCAAGAGGUGGUAGCUUUAACCAUUGCAUAUGGGUUAGAAGAAAACGGUUGUUUUAACUGAUAAUAAUGAAUUACAUUAACCUUACAAUAAUAGUCUUCAGCAACAUUUUUAAUGGUUAUGUUAACCGUUCUCUACAAACAACAACAACAACAACAUAGUUGACCACUAACUUCAAAGAAAAGAUAAUCAUACAACAUUGCAAGUAAAAAAUGCUUAUGUUUCUUAAUACAAGUACGUAAAGUAGGACAAGAAAUGAUUAAACAAGGGAGGCAGCGUGGCCGAGUGGUCAGCGCGUCGGACUCGCAAUCCGGCGGUCCCGGGUUCGAGUCCCGCUCUGGCCACUUGCUGGAUUUGUGCUCGGUCGUCCCGAGUUCAAAUUCUCGGCCACGCUUGUAAAUAGCCAACUGGUUGCCUUCUGCCAGUUGGGGUUUUUAAUCCUGUUAUGUUGUAUUUGAAUUAUUUGUUUCUAAAUAUUUGAGUGGAGUGCCUGUAAAUUAGCUGACUAGCUAAGUGCACCUUCCACUAUAAACAUGCCUUUAACCUUUUUUUUAAUCAGCCCUGCUUCCUAAACUAUGGCAAAUUUAAAUUGGAAUACUGCAUGUCUCUCACAAGACUGCAAAGCAAGACUUUGUACAUAUGAUUGUAAAGCACAAACAUCCUUAAGCAGAAAAAAUUCAAGUAACUCCAGAUUCAAUAGUAAUACAGUACUUUGAUUAAAUUAAACUCUUAUGGUAAGUGGCUUUUCUGCCAAAAAUGCUUUGUCAAAUACAUAGGGAAUUAAGAAUUUCGAAUUCGUGAGAUUCAAUGAUAUAAUGAUAAUAAUUGUAAGAUCUUGAAGGUGAACAGUCAACUCCUCACCCACUGUACAUGUAACUUUCUUUCUUUUACUAAUGAUUGAAGCGGAGCAUAUGAUCUAAAAACUACCAGUGCCCUUCAUUGUUCUACAAGCCAUGUUUUUCUACUAAAAAGCAAAAAAAGAUCCUCUUCCAAGCAGUGGCCCGUUGAGGGUAACUAAUCCGCCGGAUCAGGACUUGUCUUGCUUGUAAUGAAAAUAAGGAUACUCGCCGAGCUUCAUUCAAAGUUGUUUAUUCCCUCAGUCGUUCAAAUUUGGUGAUAUUUCUGAAAUAAACGAAAAUAUUUCGUUUUUAAGUUCACUGGUUAACGCACCAAAAAUUACAGUCUUUCAACGAUACGCCUGUGCUUUAAGUUAAAGUGGGGAACGCGCACGCACGCGUGUGCGUGGUCAUCGUGAGCAACGCACGACUGAAAGCUACAUUAAAAAAAAAAGCUUUGUAAUUGCGUAUGAUAGCUCUGUAACAGCAGUACAAUAUUGCAAUUAAGAUGGUCAUCCGAAGACUGCAAAAUCUAUGCAACUGUACUGAACAUUUCCAAAAACUCUAAAGGGCCACGCAAGUGCGUGGGGUUGUCUCAAAACGCGUCUAUUUAUUUGCAAAAAGAUAAUUUUAAAAACGAUUUAGAGUUCUGUUUAAAAAUAAGCAAUACAUACCGGUCAUGCUGUUUCAGUGAAGGUCGGUGAAGCAAGUCUUCGAGAUUUUGCUGGUGGUCGUUUGUCAUGAUUUGUCUUUAGUCGACGGGGCAGAUAUUUUGCUUAUCUAUUUCAGGCGGUCAACUGAAGUAAAUUCCGCCAUGAUCUUCUUAUCAUCCUCCUUUGAAUAAAAGAUUUGCAAGGUAUACGUUAGCUAAGAAUUUUAUAGAAGCAGUAAAGAACUGAAAUUCAAGUGGGAGAUCUAUUCUGAAGACGUUGUCUUCGGACUUGCAUAAAUUUGAAAUCACAUUACCUUUUUACUUGCCACAUCUCCAUUGCUGUACGUGACUAAGAAACGAGCUCCCAUUGACUUUUAACUGAGGGGCCUUAUCCAGGCGAAAUAUAAAAUGUUUCUAUUCGCAGCAAUGAACCAAGAGUACUGAAUUCAGCUUGGCGCAAGGCGGUUAAAGUAAAAAACUGAACUAUGAGAGCCGAAUUUGGCAUUGAUUUUGAAAUUCCAAGUCUCUCCUUGGCUAGCUAAGUAGAUUAACAUCAAGGUGUUAAGUAACAUACUACAGUUGACAGGAACAAUGCAACAUUUUCUGAAAACCCUUAGUUGUUUCUCGAGUAAACUCGCCUAACAUGUUUCCAACCAUGAAAUAGUUUAAGCUUAUAAAAGGGCUACUGAGUAAGAAUUUUGAUUUACUGAGAACAUUUAACGCCAUUUAGGGUUCGUUACGUGACGAAAUAGAGUUACUUUAGGGACGGACCAUUAGAAAACUUAUGGGGGGCGGGCGAAGUACAAAAAAAAUAUUCGCGCAAGGGAAAAAGAAAUGAAAAAAAAUUCGUGCACGCCAAUUAACCCUGAAAAAUAUUCAUGCUAUGGGCUAAAAAAAAUUCAUACAAGGAAUUUGAGAACGAAAAAAAAUUCCUGCGGUUCGAAAAUUCCCCCCCCCAUAACUUUUCUAAUGGUCCGUCCCUUAGGCCACUUAAGACAAAUACCGGAAAACCGCUGGAAUUUUGAGACCGGUGAAAAACACGAAAGUGUUUUUUGAAGACACGCGGGGAUGGCUGUUGGCUUCUCGAGGCGCUCAGCAUUGAUUUGAAUGACAUAACCUGUGCAAGACAUCUUGAAGAAUCAUUUCACCUAGAUGACGAUUAGUUCUCUCUUCGGCUAGUCCGUCGAGAGAAACGUCAAAGAAGAAAAUAGUCCUCGCGUCACGCGGCUUCGCCUCUCGCGAGCGCGUACUAGCCCAAUCCGAUUGAAGCAAGACGCGAGUUGCAUGCAUGUCAUUUAAAAAAUUUUAACUGUCGGGGAAAGUUAAUUUGGCUAUCCAAUCUUAACCUAUCCUAAUCCCAUAAUAAAUGCUGAUUAUUUGGGAAAAGUCUGUGUUGGAGGUUGGGUAAAAGGCUUUUAAAGUUUUAUGUUCUGUUUUUGUAAACUCAUACUUGCCAUUUGUGUAGCCAUUUCCUUCCGUGGUUUUCCGUUUAUUUUAACCCCUCGGAAAAGUCAGUUUUGACCAUUCAGUGUUUAAACUUACUUCAUAGCUCUAAAUAACAGAUCAUUAUUGGUAAGUCAUGACCAACAAAUUGUUAAAGGUUCUAACCCAUUGAUUUGAGGUUCGAUGCACAUUUUCACCAUUUGUUUAACUAUUUGGUUUCGUUAUUUUGACUGCCAUGAAAAGUUAUUUUGACCAUUCAAUGUUCUAACGGAAUUAUAACCGUCACAACAACAGCUGAUCAUUGGUUUAUAUAACCAAUAACAUAAAGGUUACGAUUUUAACUAGUUUAUUUUAGGUUAAAAUUACCUUUUGUAACUGGUUAUAACCUUUUAAUAUAGUUACCAUAACUGAUCAGUUUUUACAGUGUAGUCUUAUUUGUACACCCAAAAAUAGCAAUCAUGUUCGAUCACAGUAGAUUAGAUUAGGCCUGGAAAACAAAUAGACCUAUUCAUGUAUUGUAUUUGCAUUAGCCGUUGUAUCAUAAUGUGGCAUUCACCAGUCUCUCCAACAUUGCCCCGUUUGAGGGACUAUGGAUAAUUGGACAACCCCGAAAUAUAAUUUUAAGAAACACACGCGCCACGAUGGUCCUUGGUGGCAGCCAAUUUACACGUUACAAUCCUCUGUCUAAAAGGGAGACCAAAAUAAAAAAUCAGGCUAGAUUUUUUGUGUGUAAACCAGCCUUUUAAACAUACUUUUUUCCAUCACGUCUCAGGUAAACAGUACUAUGAGGCCCCUUUUUUAUCAUACAGACCUCGGACAGAAUUUGUCCUUUUUUGUCCUAUUUAAACCUAUAAUUCUGCAGUUUUUCACAAUUUUGCAAGACAAAUUGCACUCAUUCAAUAUCCAGGACGAUCAAAGCACGCGCUUUCUUUGCACAACAAAUUAUAGCAUUGACCACAUUAUAUAAAACGUUUUCAUGAAGAGAAUUCCAUAAUACCGGAACUUUUCAGUUAGAAAAAUCUGGUUCUAUGUGAUAGGCAGGGUAAUAAGUAUGGGCUUUUAGUGAAAACGAUAAAAAAAUUCCCCAAGAUCACCUUUUCGGCCAGCCGGACGGGUUCUCACUUUUGACAGGCACCAAAUUUGCAGUGCGAUUAAUAGAGUUACGAUUUACGCUUCAACAUGAUAGAGAAUUUGUUAUGUUUAGGUUUUAUUUCCCUUUAUUUAUAAAACUGUUUAUGGUUUUGUUAUGUGUAAUCUUUAAAAGCGAGUGAUAUUUACGCGCGGCGUUUUGAGUAUUCCUGCAUGCGAUGUUAAUGUACGACUGAAAACAACCGGUGCAGCGAUAAAAAUUGCGAGAGGGACUACUAACAAUCAAUAAAAUAAAUAUAAUUCGGUGAAACAUGUACAGAGACCAGACUGUACAGAGACAAUAAUUUUCAUUCACGAAGACAAGUAUUGAGAGUUUGAGUUUGCUUAAACUUCACGAACAUCGAGGCGACCGUAUUGGAGAAAAAAGCUCCUGUGAACGAUUUUGUAAGGUUCCCGUCCCGAGAAUCAUUGCUGAAGUAAAAUAGGUAAUGGACUCAUUUCGUUGCUAUGACAACUCCGAUGUCAUUGCAACCCUGGUGAUGACAAAUUUUCGGCUUAAUACAACUGUGGUCGCAAUUUUUCCAAAUGUUUGUUUAUGGCGACGUAGUUUAUGCUCAGACUUGGUAUUGACCCUGAAAAACUGUGUCGAGCCACCUCCAUAUGCCAGGACGGCCUAUGUUGUUGCAAUAUGGCCCUCAUUUCUUUUCGACUCUUUCGUAAAAAUUUGGGCAACUUGCGAGAUGUUUUUGGGCAAAUGGUUUACCGCCCCCCCGGCAAAACAUUUCCCGUACGCCUAUGUUCGGAACCUUUUCUUUGAAUUUGCGGUCAAAAAAAGGUUAAAGGUACCCUGUGUUCCUGAGACUUUUCUAGCGCGGUUUCCGGUUUCUGUCAAGUUUUUAUGAGGGUCUCAAUGUGGUUAACCGAUAGACGUAAAACGGCCAAAAAUUUAGUCGAUAGCCGUAAAAAUUGAAAAGUGUUAACCGUUAGCCGUAAAUAGAGUAAAAAAGAGUUAACCGUAAAAGAAACUGUUCCCUAGAUUGCUACUUGUAAGGAAGGUACUAAACUCACUUAUGGUUGCGUUUUUUAUUUCCCGGCUAGUGUGACUCCGUACGCACGUUAGGCGAAGCGCCUUUAAGGUGUUGACCAAGACCUAGGCUCCAUUACCUGCGCUCUCUCGGGGAACUAAUUUUUUCCUUAGCGAAAUUGUGGCUUCUUGCUAGGGAUUAAUAUUUGCGAUUGCAAUCUCGGUCAAGGCAUUUCCGUCACGAACUCGCUUGGACUACGUGACCCGAAACGCAUUAGCCGCGCGGAAUAAUGAGGCCCACCGAUAAGGCAACGGCAGACAGUCGUUCCGUACAGUCCUUAGCUAUCAUUAAAAACACUGGACAUGGGAAUUUGGUUAUUGGCCGUUUUCACGCUAGAGCUAGAAAUGGAUUAUCCGUCUAAGACUAGCCUUUGUUCAUUCGCGCCCUCCCCACAGACACCCCUUCUCCGAUUUUUCUGGGGGGAGGGGGCGGCUGUACACAGGCUAUCUGGAACGGAUAAUCCCGUCUUCAAACUGUCCGUUGAAAUUCACGGAUAAAGUCAGGCGGAUUGUUCAUUCAAAAUUAAAACUAUUCCAUUUUCAAAUUAAGAAGUAUUAUCUAUGACGCGAAUCAUCAAACCGAUAACUCGUCUCACGCAAAUAAUCCGUCUAGUGAGAACGGCCAUAUCUGUUAUGAUGUCGCGCGCUGGCCUUGAGGUGGGCGUUUGCGUGUCCGCUUUUGCUUUUUCACAAAGACUAUUGACAUUUCUAUGUGUAAAAUAAUGUUAGAAGUGAAAUACUUCAAAUGUUAAAAUUUUUCAAAAGAAUAACUUGUUUCAUCCCGAGAUGAUCCGAAGACCUGUAUUUUGAUUUAAAGAUACAAAAAAUAUAUGUUAAUUAAUAUUUAACGUUUUGAAACAAAAUAAGUUAAUUUUUAACUUUUUUGUUAACCGUAACUGAUUAAAAUUAACCGAUAGCCGUAAAAGGGCCAAAAUUUUAGCCGAUAACCGUAAAAGCCACCGCCCCAUUGAGACCCUCUUUUAUAGUGACCCGCGCGAAAAGCGCUGCCUACGGCCAACACCGAAAAUUCCCGCCGCACGCGAGGAAAACCUCCGGUACCCAGGGUAGUCUAAAGGCUUUUUAAACCUGAUACUAUUGUAGGUUAGAUCAUUGCUCGUGUAUAAACCCCGGGGGGGUACUCCCAUAUAUGGGAUAUAUAGGUACGUGCCGCGGAAUAGGGUAUGGUUUUUGAGGUUCUCGGUCCUUAAAUAGGGUAUCGUUUUUGACCCUUUUGUUUCUGUGUCCCUGGUGUGGUCCUUAGAUAGGGUAGCUUAAUUGUAUUAUCUAAUACUGGAGUGUGAAAACGCCCGCCUAAACGAACAUUUUUUUUUUUACACUAGGCCUAUUCUGGUAUUUUAUGCUUGAUGCUAUACACCCAAUGUUACAAAGAAGAAAUAAAGUUUUCCUUUUCAUGCCAUUAAUAAUUUUGUUUUUUCCUUGAAUAGGGUGUCAUUUUUCCGCUUUCGGCCUUAAAAAGGGUAUCAGUUUUCGCUUUCUUAGUCCUUAAAUAGGGUUAGGGUUCACGAACCUUCGCGGCACACCCCUAUCCAAAAUUCGCAGGAUUACCCCCCCCGGGGUAUAAACUUAAGCCGCAUAACCAUACGCUCGACUUCAGGAAACCGAAAAAAAAAAACACAUCAAAGACAAUAACUGCUCAGGCUUACCAGUCGAGAUGCUGCUUCUGAAGGUCAUCAAGUGUUCCAGAAUCGCUUGAGACUUUUCAACCCUCUUACGCCUCAAGCAAGGGCAAGUGAGUAAGCUCAUUUUUGAAAACGAUGCCAUCCGAAAUUGGAUUUCCAGUGACUUUGACAAGCGGUGCAUUUGUCAACAAAAAGUGCAAUAAACGAACCAGCCAUGAAUGACAGAACAAUCUUGAUAGCAGCUGUAUUUCAUUUUGUACAUCAAGUAGAAAAAGACAGUUUAAAACAUCACAAGAUGACACAAAACUCUGUCAGCUUCAGCUAUCAGUAAGCAAGUUUCCAGAAGCUGCAUAAAUAUUUCGCAUGAACUCACCUGUCAAAUUUUGACCAAUCAGAACAUAAAAAUUGGACGUAGAGCGUGAUCAACGCCAGACAGUGGGAAAAGUCAAAUGCGAUUGCCUUCCCUGCAUGUAAAUGCCGGUUAAAUUUUCGUGUCCGAGAUCAGUUCGAAAAUCAAAAUUUCGGUUCAUGAACACGACUUAUUUCAUAUGCAUUUUAAAAAAAUUGAACUUGAGCCUGCGAUCAUUUGAAAAGUAGCAACUUGUCAGCGGAUAACUUCAAAAAACACUCGAACUCAGUGGGUCGAUACCUAAUCCCGCGAUACGGUCAGGCGAUACUGGUCAGCAGAAACACUAUUUUUAGAACUGUCAAUUAAUCAAAAUAUGGAUGUACAAUAAUAUAUAGAUUUAGCCAAGGCUAAAAGCGAGGCUCCCAUUAAUACAUUUAUAAUUUAAAUCAAACAAUAAACUUGUAUUCCACAAUUCAACUAACUUUAGAGCACAUUCAUGUGACUUUUCAGGGAAAGGUUAAGUGAUUUUAGAGAAAAAUAAUUUGUAAACAGCCCAAGAGUGAACCAAAUCUAACAUCGAGUUGAUAGCCUCAGAUAUGUACACCCAAAAACUGGCAAUCGUCUUCGAUCACAUUUAUUAAGAGCCAUAAUGGCUCUCGAUCACCGUAGGUUAAUUAACGCCUGGAAAAAAAUUCCGGCCAAAUUUAUUUCGUUCGACAAGUUUACUCUAAAAAAUCUUGCCAACAAAUCUGGGUGCGUGUAAACCAACCUUAAAUAUCAUUUAUACAUCACAUCUGAGGUGAAACAGUACUAUGAGGCACUGUUUUUGUCAUAUAGACCUCAGACAACAGAAUGCAGUAUUUCACAAUUUUGCAAAACAAAUUGCUAUCAUUCAAUAUUCAGGACGAUCGAAGCACGCGUGGGCUUUAGCUAAACCGUUAAAAAAAAUUUCCAAAAUCACCUAUCCGGCCAGCCGGUUCUGACUUUUGCAGUGCUAGCUGUGGAGAGUGUUUGAAUGAACAUUAACACAGUUACGCUCCAACAAAAUAAAGAAUUUAUUAUGUUUAUUUUUUAUUUUUACAACUGGUUUAACGCGCGGCAUUUUGAGUAGUACUCCGGGAAGCGUUGUUCAUUGAACGAGUGAAAACAAUCGGCACAGCGAUUAAAAAAGAAAAUAAUUCGGUGAGACAUAUACAGAGACAACAAUUCUCAUUCAGGAAGACAAGUAUUAAAGGUGUCUCUAAAAACCUGAGUCUUAAAGAUUAAAGCUUAAGUUUUUGUUUUAAGCCGACUUCCCAGUGUUUGCUUUUUUCAAAGGCGAACUCGAGGCAAGAAAGUCGCUCAAAGCUUCUUUUACAGCCAGAAUUAUAACUAAAUAUUCUUUGGAACGUGUUCUUUCUAUUUGCAGUGAGAAAAUGUCUGAAGGCUUUUAAAGUAAGCUUUAAAGUGCUACUACGAUCAAAUCUUUGACUACCAUUUUUUUCGCUAGAUUGGCAGUUUAGUACUUGAAGUACAUGGUGUGCAAGUUAUAGCUUCAUACGAUUAAGGAAAGUGGUAUUUUUGGGCGCUCAAAAACCAUUAAUUUUCGUCCGCCAUUAAAACGCUAUGUUCCUGUGGCCUGGUUACCAAGUACGCAACGCAAUUGCUUUGUGACGUCAUUUACUUAACGCAGUACACACAGCAUGACAAUUUUCUUACAAGAACCCUGCUCAACAAUGUUCCCUUUCCUCCCACCUCGAUGCGUUCUUGCGAUGCGACUCUUUCGAUCUUACUACAUUAGGCUCCGUAUGUGUGAAGCAACCGCUUCAAUCGAUAGAAUUGAGCUGCACGCGAGUCUGACCAACUGAAUGUGAGAUUCGAGGAAUAGGACAGUUUCGCUGUUUUCUCGGUUUGAUAACUUCGAAGAUAACUUCGAAGAGUGCUGCAAUAGCAUUUACGGGGCUUUCAACGCAAACCAGUGGCGGAAAAUUAAACUUGGAUCGUUUGCUAGCAUAUGGAAGAAAGAUCAAUUGACAGAUCUUGAAUCCGGAAAGAAAUCUUCGCAUAAAGAGGAAGCGCAUGGAGGUAAGCUUACAGUUCGCAAAACUUGCAGUGAAUGUCCCCAACGCUAAGUUUAUUUAUAUCGCCGGUGGUGAUUUUUGCUUAGACCUUUCUUCGACUGGAACGCGACGACAACGAAACUUUUAGGGAACUUUAAAAAAGAUUUGCCCUAAGGCAACAGAUCACAGAGAGCCCUCUAGUUUUGUAAACACUAUUAUCGCUCACACUUUGCUCUUGUAGUGUACUAUUUUUUUCUGUUACCACUAUUAAUAUUCCUUUGAGCUUUUAUAACAAGCUUUAAAGCUCUGUUUGUAAAUUUUUAUUAUAAAGUAUUAAAAUCUAUCAGGAUCAUGGUGCAAUCUGAAUGGUAUGAUAUUUUAAUAUACAGUAAAUUCCUUAGUAUUUCCAACAUUCUGGUCGCCAUAACCCUCACUAAACAAAUGAAAGGUAUGCUUUUUGUCAAUUUUAGACUUCCCAAAACUCAGAGCCUGUUUUAAACUGCACAGACACAUUGUCAGCUCAAACCACAAGCUAAAGCAAGAGAGCCCAGACAAGUUUAUUGCAAAAACUGUUUUUGCAAUUUUGUAAAAUACAGCAAGAAUUAUUACCAUCUACUGAUGUGGUCUUUAAAAUAAAAUUGUGAUCCCAUCUUGAAUGUUGUGUAUUGUUAUUCUUUUGAGUGAAUAAUGAAAAGUUUUGCAAUCUCGCAUUGAAUACUUAUAAUAAUUAUAAUUAUAGUAUAUCAUAAUUUGAGAUGUAAACUCCAACACAGGGGCACUCAUGCACUGAAUCACUGAAGUGAUGUGACUGACAGAUUGCAAGUUAAAAAUGAAUAAUCACCAAGGCUUGGUCACUGAAAUAUUGACUGCAACUGAGGGUUAUGUACAUGUAUCAGAUAGUUUCAUGGCCCCUGCUCAUCACUGCCUCUUUAUGUUUCACUACUCAAGGUUAUUCUCUACCAGCACCCAGUUGGCCCGUGGUGCUUAACUAUUGUUCCGGGGCAACUAGGAAAUUUUUUUCGUAGAAAUCAUGUGCUGGGCACCCAGGAUUUCACGGGUCUGGAGCCCUGGGCUCCUUUCAAUUUUUGUUAGAGUACAGCCUUGCUACUUCAAAAAACCUUGGUGUAUCUUUUAAUAUGGGAUAGACUAAUGUUAUUCCUAUAAAUGAAGAAGUUUCAAGGCCCCUUACCACAUACAAAGGCACUGUCCACCGUACUGUAACAAUUGAUCUGCACACUUGUUGAUCACAAGAUAAAUGUGAGGCCCCAGCUAAGAACCUGGAGGACAAGUUUAGGUCUUACGUACCGUGUGUAAUAUACAAAUCCAUUAUUUUUUAGUCAUACUAGUGAUUACAAUAAACAAGCCAAGGGCUGUAAUACUGUUUAAAGGCUGCAAUUUUAUUGUACUUUGUUACCUGAUUUAACAUAGUCUAUUUUGGGGGUAUUAUAUAGCCUGAGCCAAGCUAGGGCAGGGCAAAGGGGCUUCCCCACUUUUUGAAAAAUAAAUAAAUAAAAUUAAGUACAGUGGAACCUUGAUAUAACGAAGGGCCAAGGGACUGGCAAAAUAUGUUUAUUAUAACGAGUUUUGUUAACUUUUAUCGAGGUUCUUUUUCAUAUUGCCUUAUAUUUUACCAAUACUGGAGUAAAAAAAAUAGUUUGUUAGACCGAGGACUUAGUUAUAGAGGUUCCAUUGUAAUAUACAUUUUCAUAUGAAUAGUAUCUUUGUUGGAAUAAGAAUCUUCCAGCAUCUAAAUUUAUUAUUGGUCCGUUUUGAUACCAUCGGUCUGAUGCGUGGUAAGCCUCAAAAAGUCAAUCGUCCUAGAUUUCUGCAUUUUCAAACCAGCAAAGCUAUGUAGCAUUUGCAACAAUGCGGAAUAGUCUUUUUUGAUGAAGGUUCCUGAUUAGAUCUGAAGACUAAUCCACGAACUACGGUUUCUUAAAACGAAUUAUAUCAGCUGAUGAUGUGGUCUCUGGCACAUUUCAAUGACAUGCUAGACAAAAUGAAGGCAUUACCGGAACCUACAAUGUAAUAUCAUGAUCUGCAAACUUCUAGUGGUGGAUUCAGCAUGUGCAAUCACGCACAGCAGGAGAAAGGUACUUUUCAGCGGCUUGAAAUUUAUGAACAUGACUCUGCUCAACAAUGACUCAAUAAAGGUUCAGUAAUCUGACAGUUCUAAACAGCCACAAAGAGAGAACAGCCAAAUUUGCUCUCCCUCCCUCCCUCCCUACAGAUUCUCAUUUCGCGAACUACAGAUUUUCAUUUCGCAAACUACAGAUUCUCAUUUCGCAAACUACAGAUUCUCAUUUCGCAAACUACAGAUUCUCAUUUCGCAAACUACAGAUUUUCAUUUCGCAAACUACAAAUUUUCACUUCGUUUCGUUUCAUUUCGUUUCGCAAACUACAGUAAGCCAAUAACGACUAGAAACUGUCGUUAAACAACGUGAACAACAUUAGAUAGACAAAAUUACUUAACCGUUUAAGUUUGGAGCUAACUAGCUAAAACAAAUGCGAAUACUGCGCGUCAAUAUUCAGUACUACGUUCGCGUGUUACCAAUACCAUUUUAACUAUUAAAUGGCUUAGAUUUAGGAUUAACUCCGAUUUACCGGAUUUAUUUGAUUAAACGCCGCGACGUUUUUUGAAUUUUUAGCUUUUUCGAAUUUAUGGCGUACAUUUGCAGACAAAAAUAAUUGAAAAUAAAAUACAAUUUGAAGUUCAAAAAUUAGACUAUCCAUGUCGAAAUCUCGUCAUAUGAAUUUGAAAUCGCAAUGAACGCAGUCGAAAUAGCAUCAUUCGAACUUGAAGUUACUUUGAACAAGUUGAAACUAUACAGGGAAAACUCGACAUCGCGGAUGUUGAAGUUCAAAUCACCAUUCCAACUAAAAUGCAAAUUACAUGAUUGAACUUCAAUUCACCUUCGCCACUCUAAUAAGCUACUUAAUCGUCAACAAUGCAACUAUAAUCUUCCACAAAAUUCCAAAUGAAGCCUUUAAUUUGAACUUAAAGUCACAUCACAUAUUCGAAUUCGAAAAACCAAAAUUUCAAUUCGAAAGGAAGCGGAAGUAAAAAUACACAGGAACCGGAAAUGAUAAGAGUUUCGCUACACUGUACAUACGGGAUGUUUGCAUAACUGUUUGUAGAAAUUGGAAGGCCAAUAUCGCCCAUGCCACAUCAAUUUAUUAGAGUAAGCCGUUUUCACUAAACAUAGUUUGUUUAUAGAUAAGUUAGAUUGUUGAAUAAAAUAAUUGGGCAAAUGUAACGGAGCAGAACUACAAUUGCAUUAUUUGAACAGAUAAAGCUAGAAUUGUCCGCCAUAUUGACCAGAAAGUUCGAGUGAAGGGAAAUCUUUUCGCGCCAAAAUGCAGUUUGCGUUUGGGGGUACAGUGUUCUUCUCGGGCAAUCCGUGGGAGUAAGAGGGUGGUUAACUAACUCUAAUUUUGUGUUUUUCUUUGGCAGAAAGCGAAUCAUAUGCAUAAUAGUGAUUGUGGUGCUUAUUUUUGCCGGACUGGCUGGUUUUCUUGGUUGGUAUUUUACCAGAGAAGACGAAGAAAAGCCUGAAAAGCCCGACAAGCCCCCGUCUUUGGGGGGACCCUAUCAGAGACAGGCAGUUGCUACCGACACUAAAGAAUGUUCCCGUAUUGGCAAUGAUACCUUGGCACGUAACGGUUCGGCCGUAGACGCAGCCAUCGCCGCUAUGUUUUGUCUGGGAGUUAUAAACAUGCACUCUUCUGGAGUUGGUGGCGGUGGUGUGAUGCUGGUUUAUGUUCGAAAACUCAAGAAAGCUAAAGUCAUCGACUUUAGAGAAACUGCUCCGGCAGCUACAACGUCUGAUAUGUUUCCACCAACCGAAUCAGGGAAAAACAUGUCCAAAUAUGGUAAGUGGUAUUUUUUUUCCGGCAGCGACAACGUCUGAUAUGUUUCCACCGAACAAAACUGGGGAAGAAAUGUCUAAACGUGGUUGGUACUCGAUCUGUUUCUUUUUCGUUUGUAAUUACCAGGGUGUUUUGUGAUCCAUAAUAUUUAGCUAAAUUUAGAAGAAGAUAAGGGAGGAGGGUUCUUUGUUUUAUUUCCCUAAUUUGGGUUAUUCUGGUAGAGUUCCCCGGGGGCGGGGGUAUUGCUAGGAAUUCUUGGUAGGGGUGUGCCGCUCGGUUCUCCAAAUCCUGAGCAAAAAAUGUCAUUUUCCACACCCGUUUUUAGACCUGGCCUCUAAAAUCUGUUUCCAUUUUCAGACCAGACCCCGGUUGUUCAAAUGUUGGAUAGCGCUAUCCAUCGGAUAAAUCAUUAUCCAGUGGAUAAGUAUUUGGGAAACCAAUGGCGCUAUACACUAAAUAAUUUUUAUCCGGUGGAUAGCGCUACCCAACGUUGGAACAACCGCGGCCUGGCCUUUAAGAAAUUAUGUCAUCAUUACUUAGAUUACGAACAGCAACAAAAAACAAUAAAUACGUUCGUACUCUCCCGUACUUCCCUUAAAAACCAUACCCGGUUCAAGACCAAAAUGAGCAAAGUCUAUACCCGUUUUCAGACCAAAACGAAGCAAAAACCAAACCCUUUGGGGUGGCACAUACCUGUAUGGCUCAUAUGGGGAGUUGCCCCCGGGCAUGUCACCCAAAAGCGGAGUCUAUUUCCCUUUAUUACAAAAAUAAUUAAAUAAUUCGGGUUAUCGUGGAGAUGUCACCCAACCGCAGCGGCACCCAAAAGGGAUGCAUAGCAAAUUCACAUGCGCGAGACACGCUUUGCCCGCCGUUUGAAUGGAGUGCUUGCUCAUGGUUUCCUGCUGGAAUUAUAAUAAAAGACGUUUUUGGAAGACGCACGUCAACCGAACGGAGUGAUGCCUUUUCCCUUUUAAUUUGACUUGAUGCUACCAAAUGGGUAUUCGGCUAAGUAUCUUUGCUCUUGUUCAGACGAUUUUGCCAGAAAAUUUGGGAAAAAUCGUUGCCCAAGAAUGUAAAACGUCCACUUCCGGUUGACGUGUAUCGCUCAGUUAAAACGUCCUUGCUUAAACUCCCUAUUGCUUUCUUCUAGGCGGUCUUGCCAUCGCUGUUCCUGGAGAGGUUAGCGGCCUAUACCGAGCUUGGAAGGAAUACGGUCGGUUACCUUGGAAAGAUCUAGUCAAACCUGCCAUAAACUUAGCCAGAGAAGGAUUUAAAAUAAGCGACGCAGUGGCCGAAGCCUUGAAUAUGGUAGAGAUAAUAAAAACGGAUCCUGGAUUAAGGUGAGCAAUAGCUAUCAUUUCAUAACAUUUUUUCCCUUUUUUUCUUUUUGGCAUUUAACUGCGCCUGAGAUUUUAGAGGCGUGUCGAGUAUCCUUUUUCAAAAUAUGUUUGGUUCAUACGGAACCGUGGUAGGCUCCUAGCCCAGGGGGGUACUGGAGAAAGUACUAUACGGUGAGUUUCCGCCCCGAGGGCUAACCCCUCACCCUUUUAUAUACCAUUUUUGACAGGUACCCUUUCGUAUACCUUCAGUAUUGUGAAAUGGUACUGAUUCCUUUCACAUACCUACAAACUUUGCUUUCCUUUUAACUGCUGUAAAUGCACUGCCCUUUAAAUGUGAAUAAAUUACAAGACCAUAACGUUUUCUCGAUCACAGCUAUAAAAGUCAUCUGUUAGCCCUUUUGGGCCUUUUUACAGAUCGAAAUGACAGACUUCCCACCCCUUUCAUAUAUAUUUCAGCUAGUGACAUCUCUACCCCUUUAUACAUCUGAAGCCUGGAAAAGCACCCCUUUUAGGCGAGCCUCCCCAUAUUGUACAUAUUAUAUUGAGUACUCCCUUGGGGCUCCCAGUCGCACAGAACUUCUUUGAUUUGGCUCUGUAGGACGUAAAGGAACGCUAGGGGCAUAACAAGUCCCGAGCAGUGAGGGUCCCUAAGGUGACAUCCUUAAAUGUCUUGGAUGAGUUAUAAUCUGUACAUGUAGCCUAGGAAGAGAUCAUAAUAUAAUAGCUUCAUGAUACUCCUUCAUAGUGCUGUAACAGCUGCCUCUAAACAGAAUAUGAGGUAUUAAAAAAGUGCCUUAUUUAGUACUGCUGUGAUCUUCUCUCUAUUGCUAUUUAUUGUGACAUUUUAGGGAACUCCUCUUGGACAAAAGUGGAAAGCCUUAUAAAAAGGGUACUAUAAUCAAAAACGAAAAGUACGCGAUAACACUGGAAAAAAUUCGAGACGAUCCCUAUUCCUUUUAUAAUGGGUCUCUGGCCGAGAUGAUCUCUGAAGAUAUAAGAAGACGUAUCUCCCGAUACCAGGGAAUAAAGGGACAGGUCACUAAACAAGAUCUGAGGAACUACACAACAGAGAUCAGGGAGCCCCUAGAAAGUGAACUGGCGGGGAUGAAAAUGCACCUCACUCCUCCCCCUACAAGUGGCGCUGUACUAGGUCUCAUCUUAAACAUACUGAAAGGUAGGUAGAUGUUCUGUUCUCCUCCCCCUCAUCUUCAUCACAGCCUUCGAGUAAACUGUCAGAGAGCUUUCUCGCUGGCUAUCAUCAUCAUCAUCAUCAUGAGGGAAGUAAGGGGGCGCAGUGGUGAGAGCACUCGCCUCCCACCAAUGUGGCCUGGGUUCAAAUUCCGGCGUCGCGCCGUAUGUGGGUUGAGUUUUUGUUCGUUCUCUCAUUUGCUCCGAGAAUUUUUUCUCCUGGUACUACGGUUGUCCCUUCUCUUCUGAAACCAACAUUUUCAAAUUCCAAUUCGACCAGGAAUGAGGUAGACGAAGUACCACUCAGUCGAUGUGCUACGUACCUCUAAAUCAUUACUUUUUUCAUCUGUUCAUCGUCAAUUUUCAACAACAACAUCAUUCAUUUUCUUAAAUGAAAAUAUACAGGAAGCAAUGCGGAAGGGGGUUGGUUCGCGCUAACGAUAAGUUUCUUCAGUGUGUAGUUGUAGAGCAAAAAAACCUGCAAGGGAACAUUCAUUCAUCAGCAAGUUAAACGAGUUGCAGAUAGCGUGCAAAUACAGCCGCCUCGUGAAACGCCAGUUCCCCAUGGUCCCUACCCCAGCGCCGGGGGCGAUGAGAGGCAGCUGUAUGUAUUCGCAGCCUAAGUUGCAGAAACCAUGAAUUCAACUAUAACAGUGCUACCUGAAACAACUAAAGUAGAAGAGCUUUAUUUUAUAGGUUACAAUAUGACUUCAUCGGCCCGUGAUGGCACAAAUGCCUCCGUGUUGACAUAUCACAGGAUCAUUGAGGCUUUCAAGUUUGGUUAUGCUUGGCGAAGUCGACUUGGUGAUCCUGAUUUUAAUAUGGAUAAGAAUAUAAGCGAGGUAAGUGAAAGAUAUAGUUGAUAUUACAUGGCCGCGCGGAGAUACGAAAUUUCUCUUCGAGUGUUGAAAAAUAUUUCACGAGUGAGCGCAGCGAAGAGAAAUUUCGUAUCUCCAAGCGCCAUGUAAUGUUCUAGUUAUUGUAUAAACACCAAUGAAAUAACAAACCAUUUUACUUUAAUAGUUUUUAGGUCUGAAAGGUGCGGUUUAUUAUGAAGCCAUAGAAACGGUGACAUUUUCACAUGUGAAGAUAACAAUCAUGUUAUUUUCACAUGUGAAGAUAUUAAGUUUUCGCGCGAAAGCUCUCUUGGUUUUUCAUUGGUGUUUAUAUAAUAAAAUUAUUUCCACCCUUGCUCCCGGUAACACCUUAUGGCCUGUUUAUGUGAGGUGAGCCAGCCCAUUAAGCCGGGCUGAUCCGCUUUAUAUAAGCAGGCGGGCUGGCCCUCUUGCUGAUAAAUACGCUGUGAAAAACAUGUUUACCAUAUUCGCAAAACCCACGAGACAAUGGCUGCAUGGUAACUAUGUCCAUAUUGAACUAAGUUCCCGUUUAAUUCACACUUAUUCGUUGUACGUUUUCAGCGAAAACGCAUCGAUUUGAAAACACUCUUGAAAAGGGAUCAAAACGAAACAGCGUAUAUAUCAUAUUAGUGUGGACGGUCGAAAACGGUCGAAAAACGCAUCAAAAUGAAAACGAUAACCAAAAUAUCGCAGGUGGGUGUGUUUGUAGAUCCCUUUGUGGCAUGCGCAUGGAAUUCUAUCGUUUUCGAACGUUUUAUUCGAAAACGCAUCACAACGGUAGUGUGGACGCGAAUUGAUCGAUGGGUUUUUUAUGACAACGAAAACGCAUACUUUUGAAAAAGCAUUAGUGUCGAUAGGGCCUGAAACUGAUAAAGAACGAACAAAAGAAAAAAAAAAUGAUUUACUUUCCCUCCGCUCGUAGCCUCGUACUUUUACCAAAUAAACUCUAGAACUGUUUUCAAAAAUUGAUAAACUCCUUCGUUUUUUUUUUAAAUAAGAAGCGAAAAGAUUACUUCUUUCCCGCGAGAGGUCCGCUUGUCAAAUGCCCUUCGAACAAAGUCAAUUCAUAUCUCUGCUCGGCGGGCCAAAGAUAACUGGCUCUGUGAAGAGCGAUUUCGUGCGACUUUUGCUGCUUUAGUUUUAAAGAAAAGUUUCAGCAGCUCCUGUAGCAGCGAUUGUAGGCGCAAGUUUUUUUUGGUAAUUUUGUUGGAAUUUUUAUAAUCUUUAUAAUGCGGCAAUUUCCGUAGGCUCAGUGUAUAAUGAACGCACCGAUCGUCUUGGUUCUGUCUUAGUUAGCUAUCGCGCAAAGAGCUUCGCCGCCGGACUACACGCGCAAAAGUUCGCUUCUGGAAACGGAUUAAUCAGGCCUGUACAAUGCGCCUCUGCCGCAACAAUCGCAAUAGUUCUUGCAUCUUUUCAGCUGCUUCAGUUAUAUCUUCUUUAUUCUCUACCAUGAAUGCAGCUAAAAAGUUUUGGCAAUUCGUUUUUAUUUAUUUCGCGCAAAAAUGAGCGGGGGAGGAGGGCACGUUCACCCCAGCACCUCCACCUGUUAACGGAUAACAUUUUUGGAAAUUUAGGGAUAAGACAUAUCUGUUCUAAGAGUUACAGUGAUAAGGGAUAACAAGACCCGCUCUGAAAGGGCCUCUAUUAAGCUCUAACAAUUUUAUGUCUGAACUGUUUCCUCCAUUACGUUCUUUUCAGAUUGCACAAGAGAUGAUAGAACAACAGUUGGGCGACGACUUGCGUCAAAAAAUUAAAGACAACGGAACAUGCAACAACGUGUCUUGUUACACGAGCUCCUACUCUGAUGCUGAUUAUGGCACUACACACCUGGCUGUUUUGGCCGAAAACGGUGACGCAGUUUCUGUGACAUCCACUAUCAAUUACAGGUUAGUUUAGUGAAAGACCAGGGCUCCAAGUCAACGUUCAUCCUGAACACCGCACUUAUUCGAGUUAACAUACGUCGAGAAUAGUGAAUUAGUCCGAAACUUUUUGCAUAUCCUGUAGGUAAAAAAAGUGACAACAUCGCUGCCUUAAGGUGAAGGUCGGCGGUUUGCAAAUUUGAGAGGAAACUGCAGAUAUUGCAAUAAUUUCUUGAGAGCUCUAUGGCGGAAUACCUUCUUUGCGACAGGCUUGAUGAUUUAAAACCUCAUUAGAAAAUUCAAUUUCUCCAAUUAGUAUUUUGAAUCGACUUUUUUAAUUCAAAAGGUCAAAUUACCGAUGACCCCACAUAAAUCCUUCUAAAAUAUGCCUGGAUCGUAAACGUUACAAUCCAAGCCAGUUUUAGAAGUAUUUGUGUGGAGUGAUCAGAGCAAAACCGUGCUUAUAUCUUCCCACCUGUUGUCACUAACAGCCCCGAGUUUUGGCAAGGGGGCUUUUUUCGUCUUGUUCUUUCUGAACAUGUGAACCAAUCCCAUAAUUUCAGAAAUUUGAAUUUGCGCUUCUCCUCUCUAUGCAAUUUAGUUUUACGUCAUGUCAUGUUAUAUUUUACACUUAAUGUCAGAUCCCGAGGGAACCAGACAGUUUUGUUUUCCCGAGAGUCCUGAUGUUUCCCAAGACGAGGUCAAGGGGAACAUCAGGACUCGAGGAAGACUAAACUAACUGGUUUCCCGAGGGACCUGACGUUAAGUGUUUUGUUAUAUUUCUAAACUUUCAAUUCAACGUACUUCAACAGCAACAAAAGAAUACGCUUUAGCGGAGCGAAUCAAAACAGUCGACUUGCUACUUAUAAGAACCCAAAUUUAAUUCUCAAAACCACUGAAUGAAUGAUUUACAAAGUACUUUCCUUAUAUUAUCUGCAUCUUUUUCCUCCACUAGCUACUAUUUCUCUUCUGGGAAAUCGUUGCUUUUUAUAGCUUGAGACUUCAUGUUUGUGUUGUUGUGUUCAUUCACGAAAAGAAAACUGGUUUAGUUGAGUGGAAGCCUAGGAAUAUAACAAUUAGUUUUAUCAGCCAUGUCAUGUUAUGCAGGGCAGUGCAAUGUAAUCAAGUGUAAUACAUUGCACUGCAACGAGACGCAACGCAUUGAAAUGCAAUGCAAUGUAAUUUAAUGUCGCGGAUGAGAGGACAACAGGUGUCCUCUUUACAUUAUACAUGAACAGUAAGCUUGAACGUUAGCAUACGAUGGCGCCACUAGCUGCUCUUAUGGGUCCAUUUGCGAGCUAUCUGCAUGAGAUGUAUGAUAAGUGAAGUGAUAUAACAGGCGAACAGGUAGACCGCACAAUGCAUGAGGCAAUCUCGCACGGAUGAUCUGGGCUGCAUGCCUUAGUGGUCCAUUAAUAAUCGAUCGACACGUCACUUGCAUGAGCUGCGCAUGAAAUGUUAUGGCGAUAUAAUAAACUCGGUCUGAACAAUCACAGUGUGAUUCCCUUUGGCAUCUUUAAAGAGAUGUACGUUGAGACCCAAUGAAGUACGUUGUACUUAACCCAUGCGAUAUGAUAUAUUCCAUAUUAAUAUUAAUAUCAAUAUUAAUUAAUAUAGAAGAAGUUCGUAGUGCGGUUUCUGUCCUCGUGUACCUUAACACAAGGACCAAACAGUAGACUCAACACAUACAGUCAAGUCUCUCAAAGGGCGCUUUUCAUUUGUCAGAACUGACCUGCCAGACCAUUUCCUUCGUAAUGAGAAAUUCACUUUUAAUGAAAGCUAUCAAGCCAGAUCAGUCAAAUCUUAAAUAGCAUCCACGAAGCAGAAAAUCGUUUUUCAUCAAAAACUCUUGGAAAAAGCCUGUUUCAUUUUCAAAAUGACCGGUCCGUCCAUGGCCCGGCCGGCCAGUUUUAACAUUUGGAAUCGAAAGCGCCCUAAGAAGGACACCUGUGGGACCGGCUCUAUAAACUGAGGAUAUGUCCGUCUUAAAGAGGUGUUCAUCCAAAAGAGCGUCAACUAAAGAGAGUAAAGUAAAACAGGAACCAACUCUAGGCGUCCGUUUUUAGUGAGGUGUCUGCCUUGGUAAGUAUUUUUGUUGAACAAGAAGCUGUGAUUUUGCCGUUUACAAGCCAACGCUAAGUUCCAUAGCGCUUAAGGAAGCGUAAUUAGCACUAUUAACAAAAUGAACUAUACAGCCAUGACACAGUCCGAGGUGUCCGUCUUAUACUAGAGUCAACUGGCGUCGACGGGCUUCAGAAAUUAAGCGCCUUUAAUAGCUAGGCUUGUCAAUCGUUUAUUCUCAACACAGCAAUUUCUAUCACAGAGGAAAACGGCACUGCACUGCAUGAGGCGCACUUAGAGUUGGUCCUUGCCUUUUCUUACUCCUUUUAGUGGACUCUCUACAAGAUGGACAUCUCUCAAAAAGGGCAGAUUCCUUCGUAGAGCGGGUCCCAAAGGUGAGACUCUAAGAGAGAGUUGACUAUAUAAUGACAAUUUCUAUGUAGUAUGGUACACCAGGAGAGUACCGUUAUGAGAAAAGUGUUCACGAACAUGACGUGUAUCUUGACAGAUUUGGAUGCAGGUUUCGAUCCAACCUCACGGGGAUUAUAUACAAUAAUCAGAUGGCAGAUUUUGAUAUUCCCAACAACGACACAGCGAUUGAUGGUGUUUAUCCAUCUGAGGUUAAUUUUCCCCAGCCAGGCAAGCGGCCAUUCUCGUCCAUGUCUCCAGCCAUUUUGACGAACGAUACAGGUGACGUACAGCUUAUUAUUGGUGCGUCUGGCGGCAAAAGGAUUACCACGGCUGUCUCACUGGUAUGACAAAACCAAUCACUAGAAAUAUCUGAAGAGAAAUAAACAUGUCCCCCCAUAGGACACUUGGACACUGGAUUCCCGCUGGGGAUUCCGGAAUCCAAACGUUGGUGGGAUUCCGGACUCUUCAAGCAAAAAAAUCUUAAUUACCUCAAUUGGGGUGAAACGUGCGGGAGAUUUUGCAGUGCAAGCGUAUUUUCCUGGCGAGCGGACGCUCGGAACUUGUUUUCUCACAGUCUUUGAUUUUGAAAUCAGGGAAAAGUUAAUUGGGACGGGUUAAAAUAGUGCCGAGGUAAGGAGGCGGUAUUUUACGUUGAAGCCAUAUUUGUUACUCGAGAUCCAUAGCAGUUAGAGAACUCCAUAUAGUCCUCUAUAUCAGGGAUUAAAACUGUCUACGACGCAGGCUACGGGGCGGGUUGGGCAUUUGACUCUUCCCAACUACUCGCGCAUAGUUAGGAGGUGUUCGUAUUAAGCAGGUGUCCGUUAAGCGGGAUUCGACUGUAUCAGUGAUUUUAGUAGGCAUCUUUCAUUCUGAAAGCAAAGGAACCCUGAGGAAAACAUAAAGAGCGAUUUAUAGGGUGGGAAUAAGACGAAAGGACGAAGGAGGGAGGGGUUGGGGUUUAGGCAAGAAAAUACCUUAUUACAGUCGAAUAUCCGCAUAUUCGACUGUACGUAUCCGAAAUAACGAGGUUUGAGUGUAUAGGAAAUUAACACCAAGAAAGAGCAGUAUUUUAUCAGGGUGGAGGUCCACUAGUGUGAAACUGUGAAGUAUCCUAGAAGUGGCAGGGAUUUUUCACUUGAAUCCCUUCAUACUCUUAGGGAAAGUACCAAGACGAAAGUUUUCUUUUCAGAUUAUACGUUUAACUUCGGUUUCUGUUGGCUCACCAAUUAAAUCAUGUUUCUUUGUGAAUUUCCAUCAUUUCCUCUUUUGCAUAAAUUCUCUUUAUCUGAAAGUAGUUCUAUACUAAAUUCGCGUUAAUUUCCAAUACCUUAAUUUCAUGGAGCGUUAAUUUACUAUUAAUACUGAGGUAUGGCGUUUUCACGCCUACCUUCCCCUUUCCCCCUCCCCCUCCCCCCGAUAUCGUAGAUCUAUUAAAAAACACCUCAGCUCUCCAUGAAAAAACCAACCAACCAUCUCUCGUUCCAAUAAUUUUAGUUAAUUCUUGAGCUUUACAUCUGUAGCUUGACGGAUGAUUACUUCCAAAUCCUACUGCGUCACUAUUUAUGUUAAGAGGUAAAUUGCUCAGUUCCUCACGCACCGUUUGCUUAUCAUGCAUAGGUAUUGAUGAACAAGCUUUGGUUUGGAAGGGACCUAUCACAGGCAGUGGACGAUCCUCGAAUUCACGAAGAACUUGUACCAAAAAUGGAUGUAGAAGUUGAAAGCAAGACGGAUUAUUAUUUUCCUGACGAUAUACGAAAUGGCUUAAGAGCGCUUGGACACAAUGUAACGGCGGCCAAAGAAACUCUUUUCGCUGUGGUACAAGCUGUAUAUCGCGCAAAAUAUGAUGAAGGCAUUUACGCAAAGUCUGACAAAAGAAAAUUUGGAGCUCCGUCGGGAGCCUAA